ACAGAUGUGAUCAAGCUCCUAAAUGUCAGCCUAACAUCCGAAGCGACCAAUGAUCCCGGAAAAACUCCCUCCACGAACGGCUUAGCUUACAUCACAGUUAAUGGGAAAAACUACGCACCGCAGACUAAGGGUUUCAAUGUAGCUGUUUUUGACCAUCUUUCAGGUAAAUCGAUAAUCAAAGAAUGUUGCAAAUAGAACACAGGAAAACAGCAUUUGAAUUACAGAAUGAUUCCGGGGCCUUAAAGGCUGGAAUUCUCCCAACGGCGUAUCCUUUAGGCCCGUUCUUAAAAGGGCGUAAUAAUAUGCUUAGAAACUGUCGCAUACUAGAAUACGUUUUCUUUACCUCAGGCUUGUGAGUCUUCCUGUAGAUCAUGAGUGGAUAGAAAGCUACGGCUGUCACUGUUUGGGAAUUAUGAGUUCGAAUCCAUUCAGGGAUUGAAUAUUUUGUCUCUCUCUGACGCUCGCGAAAUAGCAAUAUUUACAUCUUUUGCUCAUUUAUUCAUUUGACAGCGAAACCUAAGCUAAAGAUAUCCACUAGGUAAUAAAGUAAAAAGUGAUCAGUAGUCUUGACAUCUCUCAUGUCUUCUCCAAUGCAGGUCGGUUUCUAACUUCAGCUGCAUUCGAUUGUACUGCCAGCCAGGCUAAAUGCGAUGAGUUAGGUACCUUUGUAAGUGGUCUGCCCCAGGAUACAGUAGUGUUGAUUGCAAUACAAGAGUCUGGUUUAGUAAGCGGUCGAAGUCUCCCCACUAGCCAACUGAAAGAGGUGGGAAUACAGUCAAUUACCACUCUUGGCGCCAACAGUUCCUUCACUUCCAUUGGAUACAAAGGAAAAAACGCCGUGGAUUGGAAAAAUGAAGCGCAUAAUAAUGACAGUGCACGUUCCACCACAAUUGCAGCACUUAUCCCUAUCAAUUGUUCUUACGUGCCAUCAGGUUAGUUUCGACCUUUUUAUCUACCUAAUUUUAUUGUUUUAACAAAGGAUACUAGUUAAAAGCCUUUUUUGUGUUAUUUCUGCCCUUUUUCUUCCAAAUCUUGCCAUGAUUUGAGUCGUCCAUAGUUCUCUCGAUCAUUACGUUCCAGUGUCCAAGAACUGCUUACUGUGCCUCUGAAGACUUAUGGAGACCGCCGGGGCGUUCGGCACUGGUGUGCCAAGGCUGUGGAAUAUUUUGAUCUCUGCAUUCGAAAGUGGCCUUCAUUAGCUAUUUGAAAAAAUGAAAACAAAAAUCUUUUCCUCACUGUCAAUUUAUCUUGGUUUUUUUUUAGAGUUUUAUAAAGGAAAUAAAGGGAGAUAUAACGAAUCGACCAUAAGAGGACACAGAAAAAAAUCUGAGCCCCAGAUGGGAUUCGAACCCACGACCCUCCGCGUUCUAGAUCGGAUGCUCUAACCUCUGAGCUACUGAGGACUCGUUGGCGAGCAAGGGUGAGCUUUGCCUGCGUGCAGACGUCUCCUAUUUCCUUUGUUGCACGCGGAAAAGGGACGUCUGCGUAACGCCGUCGCUAAUCGUGUUCCAGCGUCCCGCUGGCAGGGUAUUCUAUUUCGCAUAAAUUGUGAAAUAAUAUCCGGUUGGAAAUAAGAGUUGACAGGCCAAACAUAACAUCAUAAGCUCGUGAUAAUGCGAAACGUGACCUUGAGAGUCUGCUUAAACAGAGGUUUUUCUUCUUUUCUCUCUCGCGCGAAGAUUACUAGCACUACACAGUGCAUGUAGCAUUCUAAACUUUGACUAAGUAAAUCUCCUUUUUGUCGCACUAAGUCUUACAUUUAGAGGUCAUGAAGCAGGUUUGUUACAUGCAUACUGAGUAAUCAUUUCCUGUGGUUUAUGCUUCUGUGGGUGUUCCUGAUAGGAUUUGAUUUCAGAUGCAGUUGUAAAGUGUUUAAAUUUUCUAUGGCCUCUGUUUGUUACGGCUAAAUAAAGAUUUUACUUUCUUUGGCUGGCUUUCUCCGAAAUGCCUUCCUAGUGCGAAGUCCACGCCGCUUUUGUAGUUUUCUCAGACACUUUUUACAAAUGUGAUGUGAUGUGUCAUGCACAGUAAAUUGAUCUAAAUUGUAAAGAAAUAAUUUCCUCGCACACGUUAAAUUUUCCGGGACCUCGCACAAGAUUUCGAACGGUCUGCACACAAUGGCACAUGUUUUGAUUUGUUUUGGCUGGAAAACCCCGAUUACAUAAAUCACCGCAUACAUUAUCAGACCAGAUUCAAUAACAACCAAUUAGCGUUAAGUCAAACAAUGCGAACUGUGUGUCAGCCUAUCACAGCAUGUUCCCAAGAUCUUGGGAACCCAGCGGGACGCUGGAACACGAUUAGCGACGGCGUUACGCAGACGUCCCUUUUCCGCGUGCAACAAAGGAAAUAGGAGACGUCUGCACGCAGGCAAGGGUGGGCUCGAAUCCCAUCUGGGGCUCAAAUUUUUUUCUGUGUCCUCUUAUGGUCGAUAUCUUUACAUCUCCCUUUAUUUCCUUUAUAAUAUUAAUAUCAGUGGCAUAGGUUGUUUGGUUGGAGGCUCCUUCAUGGGUGAGACAUUUCUUACUAUUAAUGUGACUGUGUGAUACAGUUAAGCCUAAAUGUGUUGCUUGUGUUGGACUGUGUGACUGCGAGAUGCGGUUCGCAAGUCCAACCCACAAAAAAUGACCCUUGCUCGCCAACCAGUCCUCAGUAGCUCCGAGGUUAGAGCAUCCGAUCUAGAACACGUAGGGUCGUCGGUUCGAGUCCCAUCUGGGGCUCAGAUAUUUUUCUGUGUCCUCUUAUGGUCAAUUCUUUACAUCUCCCUUUAUUUCCUUUAUAAUAUUUUAGAGUUUUAGAGUUUAACUUUUAUUUCUUCUACACGUAUUAAUAUUUUCAAGCUCUGUAAAUUUAUCCUCACUGGUAUUUUCAGCUUUUAUAAAUUAGUAUCAUUAUAUUAUUGAGAUAUCGAUCAGUAAAAAAAUGGGUCCAUAAGGACGGUAGUUUAAUUGGUUAUAUAGAUGUUUGAAAAUUUUUAGAUGAGUUUUUGAAUGUUUUCUAAUUAAUAAAAAUGGGGACGCGAAUGUUUAAAAUUUAGAAAAACUGAAAAACAUUGGAUUUUUGGGUUGUUGAAAGUUAAAAAAACGAAGAUCAUCAAUUACCAAACAAAUACCAGAUAUUCCACCACCUCAACAAGGUGUCUCUGAGCCCAUAAUAAGAGAACUAACUGGUUUAUAUGUAUGCCUUUUCUACCCUAAUUUCUUUCUUGACUAUAGUUUCUUUUAUUUUUGUAGCUUCCACAGCUUGCAGUCCAUUCAACGUAGCUUCGCAAAAGUACGGUGGCAGCUGUAUGAAUUCAAGUAAUGGUGACUGUAGAUAUGCUACUGACGGCAAUUCUACUACGGGCUGGGAAUCUUCAUCAAGCGGCGUUAUCAAUUCCUACUUAAAAAUUGGAUUUCAUACCAGCUUUACUGUAAACAAGCUGCGAAUUCAGCAAAGUGUGACUACGGGGCAGCAGAUUCAAGAGAUUUUGCUGGAGUUCAGUGACUGCUCACACGAGAAGGUUAGUAAAUCCUGACUAUUUUCAGUGGUAACCUUUUGAGUUUUGCUUUUCUCGGAUUAAGACAAUCUAGACAUUUUUCGUGACAUUUGAAAUAUUCAAAGUCUUAUUGGAAGGUUAAAAUCCGUCUCUAUGAAUAAGUGACGUUACUGCUAGCUCAGUUGUCGAAAUAUGAAAUUUGCCUGAAUAAAAUGAGGCAACGUGAACAAAGUUUUGGCUCAACUUUAAAUUUUAUUUAACCGAAUCGUAUUUUAUAACAAAAUAAUUUAUUGAAUUGUAAAGAACGCACUCAAUGACUGUCCUUCCUCUGCUCGGCUUCCUUAAAAAGAAUAUUGGAGUUCAGCACUGUACGACCAACCCACGAUAGUCAGAAGCAGUGGUCCAAAUGCAAAAUGAUAAAUAAUAAUGAUAAUAGUAAUAAUGAUAAUAAUGGUAAUAAUGAUUAUCAUAAUAAUAAUGUUAAUAUUAUUAUUAUUAUUAUUAUUAUUAUAAAAACAAACAAACCCCAAGACAUUCCUUGGUGGUUUACGGGCGGUAAGACAUUAUUAAUUCCGAAGCCAGGUCAAUUUUCCAGCGAAAAUCAGCGCUCGAUUACCUGCUUAAACACCGUCUACAAGUGGUUUAAAAUUAAUGAAUCAUCACCUUAAGAAGUAUGGCUUGAUGGGGCGAGAGCAGCGAGGUGCGAGAGAGAAAUGCAGUGGAACUUUUGACAACCUCCUUAUUGACCGAAUGCUGUGUCAAGACGGUCAUUGGAGAAAGCGGAAUCUCAGUAUGGCCUAGGUAGAUGUUAGAAAGGCCUUUGACACGGUAGGUCACAGAUGGUUAGGAGAGGUGUUUGAGCUUGAUCGAUUCCAUCGGUGGUUAGACGUAGCAAUACGGCAAUUGAGUAAUAGGUGGAACACUAGAAUUGUGGUUAAGACGAAGCAAGGGAUGGAAACGUCAGAAAUGAUAACUUUCAUCGAGAUGAUACGCUUUAUCCAAGUCUCCUCAGCUUAUGCCUAAAUCCUAUAGCUUAGAAGCUCAAGGCAACCGAAGGGUAUAAGUUGUCCAAACCGAUCAGUCUGAAGAUAACAGAUCUGUUGUACAUCGAUGAUUUGAAGGUAUCUGCAGCGUCGGAAAGUAAGCAACGGAGAGUUCUAAGAUCUGUUAAGGAUGACAUGGAAUGUGUAGGUUUAAAGUGGAACGAGAAGAAGUGCGCGGUUGAACAUGUGAACAUAGAGUGUUUGAUUCAAGGGCGGAGAACUUGGAGAUUGACAAUGCUAAAGCAAUGAGUAGUUUGGAAGAAGGGUGCUCUUACACGUUUCUGGGAGUAUUGGAAACUGUGAAACAGGAAGACAGAAUUGUUCCUCAAAAUGCGGCGAAGGUGUACUUGCAAAGGUUAUCUAUUAUCUGGUCUAUCCCUCUGACAGACUACCACAGAGUGGCUGCGUCGAAACAGUAUGUUUUACCAGUUUUAACGUAUUCAUGUGGACCCAGACAUGGCCACUUGCCGACUUACAGCCGCUGGAUAAAGAAGGGCGUAAAAUUAUCGUGGACAAUAAUGGGAAUCACCCCCUGGGAUCGAUAGCACAACUCUACAAUUCAAGAAAGAACGGUAGAAGAGGCCGUAGAUCAUGUGUUAAGGGGAGUAUAAAAGCACUAAGAUCAAACCGGCUGUAAAAUUAUUUGAGAACUCAGAUACGACCAUGAGCGCCGCGAGGAAGUUUGAAGAGAACGCAGUGCAGACCGGGUGUCAGUCAAUCAUCAAAGAUGCUGAAAAGUGUGCCUCAGAGCUACACUUAACUCUGACUUUACAGCAUCCUAAUCCAAGGGCUACUACGAAGGAUGGUGACGAAAUAGGAGGAAAAAAACUUAAAAGACCACUCUUGCCAAGGCACAAUAGAAAACUUUUAGUGACACACUGGGAGAAGAGAAAUGGAAAGGGAAACUGGCUCGGCCCUUGAUAAUAGCAGCAGCCACGCAGGAAUUGUACCAACAGAUGUUUCCAACCAAGUUAUACCACCAAAGGCAAACUGGAAAAGGGAGUGGAACUUCACAUGUCAUGUGCCGAAUGUGUGGUAAAUUGCCUGAAAAUGUGUCGCACGUUUUGGCGGGGUGUGGGACACUCUCUCAGACUAAGUAUCUCGCGAGGCAUAACGCAGCUGUUAAAUCCUCUUCUUUGAGUUGCUGAAGGACCUUGAACUUAUUUCAGAAGUGUCUCAAUGGUCAAGCAGUAAAGGAACUUGUUGGAGAGAAGAGUGCCACCAUCUUACAAAGAAUGCAGAGAUCAGUCAUAUCGAGUACAUUAAACAUUGCGCGCAGUUUCAAAUUCUUGCUCAAGAGGAUUCUUGCUAAAGUGCUCUGUUUUAGAAAAAAAAAUUUUAUUGAAACUUUUAUGGAAACUUUUAUUAUGAUUUUGCCAUAUAUCUUAAGCUAAAUAGAAUGGUGGACAAAAUUUUAGGACAAACGGAAACAUCUCUAUUUUUUAUUUAACGUUUUAAUAUUUUACAAGAGCCGGCUAUGAUAUUCUUAAUAUUUCAAUAUUUAAAACAUAAGAAAGACUUCAUGGCGCUCUCUCCAGCUAUGGCUCAAAUAGCAUCUUCACCAAUAUGAGCUGUAGAAAUGUAAGGAAUUCAUACCGCAUCGCUCGUCGCGCGGGUCAACAAGGAGCGCGAGGAGCGCGUCCCUCAGUGAAUGGUCAGGGUGAGGUCGAAAAGUUGUCUACUGAUCUACCCUCUCAACCUGCAGUGGCGGCCAACCCAUCUCUGAGUCUCUCUCAACGGGGUCCUUCCACACCAGAACGGGCAGGUACCAACACAGAUAGAAGAAACACCAGACACAAAUGGACACGAGAGGAUUACAUUGAAGUCAUGUUCUGCUAUUUCAAGGCAAAGGCAGACCCCAGUGAAGGUGUAACAAAAGAUACAUUCAGAAUAUGGAGGGAAAGAAACCCAAAUGAAAGGCCCAAUCUAACAGCCAAUGCACUGAUUAACCAACGUAGAUAUAUUGAAAAACAACACAAACUAACAGAAAUUUAACUAGAUAACAUCAAGCAACGGAUUGAAAAUGAAUUGAAUGAACAAAACAACCAAACAGAUAGUGUAGUGGAUGAUGUGUUUGUAGAAGAUGCCAACAAUUGUUAUUAGGACUCAAAUGAAGAUGAGGUAAAACCAUCACAAAAUCCAUCUGAGAUCGAAGACCUAGUUAAAGAAAUUAAGAGGGCAAUAGCUGAAUGGGAAAAUAUCAGGAUGGCAGAGAGGCCCCCUCUACCCUAGAUAUCAAUGAACAGAAAAGCUUAGCUGUUGAUCAAACAAGCAAACCAAGCAAUUCAAUUGGUAAUAGCAGAAGAGGCACCCAACCUCAAUAACAUCAAUUUGUUACAAUAUGUCACUGCGUAUGUGAUAUUUGAAAAGAUGGGUAAAACGCCAAAACUCCCAAAGACAAAGAACAAUAAACGGCAACAACCAAAAUGGAGGACAAGAAUAGAGAAUCAGAUUAAAAGCAUGAGAGCUGAUCUGUCGGUACUAACGGACAAGGCACAGAAAGGUGAAAACCAAAAGAUCUUCACGAAAAAGCAAAGAAUUAAAAAGAAAUACAAAAUAACAACAAAUCAAGAACUGCAAACAGUAAGGGAAUCCCUUAAAAUGAAAAUUCAAGCAAAAGCCCAAAGAAUGAGGAGAUAUGUAAAAAGAAGUAAACAAUUCAGUCAAAACCAGGUGUUUGCAGAUGUUAUCAGUUGAAAAACCACCUAAGAAAGAAGCAACAGAAACAUUUUGGCGUAACAUCUUGGAGAACGAUAGAGAGCACAACCAUUCAGCAGAGUGGAUAAAGAGGGAGGAGCAGAAAUAUGCUGAUACAGAAUGCCAACCAUGGGAGGACAUAAGCCAAGAUGAGUUGCAGACUGUUUUAAAGAAAGCAAGCAAGUGGAAGUCACCCGGCCCUGAUGCAGUUCCUAACUUCUGGCUAAAGCACCUCACAGCACUACACCAACACCUACUGAAUGCAUAUAACCAAGCAAUAGAACGCCCAGAAAAUCUGCCUGAUUGGUUCACUACAGCACAAACAUAUUUACUACCAAAGAACAAAGACACAGAGAACCCCUAAAACCAUAGGCCAAUUGCCUGUUUAUCAACAUCCUACAAGGUGCUCACAUCGAUUUUAACCGAAAGAAGCUACACCCACAUCACGAAGAAUGAUAUAUUGCCGGAAGGACAGAGAGGUUGUGUCAGGGGUUCAUAUGGAUGCAAAGAUCAGCUCCUAAUAAAUAAAAUGAUCAUAGAAGACUGCAAAAAGAAGAAAAAGAACCUGAGUAUGACUUGGAUAGACUACAGAAAAGCCUAUGAUAGUGUUCCUCACAGUUGGAUACUGAAGACCUUACAGAUGUACAGAUUUAAUGAAAAACUAAUGAAGAUCAUGAGAACCUCAAUGAGCAACUGGAAAACUACGAUGAAGCUAUCUUACAAUGAUGGAUGCAUCACAACAGAUCAGAUCAAGAUCAAAAGAGGGAUCUUUCAAGGAGAUUCAUUCCCACCUCUGCUAUUUUGUCUAACCCUUGUGCCUUUAACAUCAGAGCUGGCUACAUCUGGGUAUGGUUACAAGAUCUUAAACACAAGUGCUCCAAUCAGCAAUCUGUUUUAUAUGGAUGAUCUAAAAUUGUAUAGCAAGAACGAGCAAGAACAAGUUGGAGAACUGAAAAUAAUGAAACAAUUCAAUGAUGAUAUUGGUAUGGAACUUGGACUUGAGAAAUGUGCCAAAGCCAGUUUCAAGAAAGGUAAAGUGGCCUCAACUGGAAACAUAGUAAUAGAUGAUGACACAGAAAUACAAGAGUUGGACCAGGAAGGAGUAUACAAAUACCUGGGUGUAGAUGAAAGUGAUGGUAUCCAGCAUAGCAAAAUGAAAGAGAAGAUAAGAAAAAAAUAUAAUAGGAGAGUAAGAUUAAUGUCUAAGAUCUGAGCUCAAUGGAAGAAACAAAAUAGAAGCUAUGAAUAGUCUUGCAGUCCCAGUUGUGCAAUACAGUUUUGGCAUCAUUGACUGGAAAAUCUCAGAUGUUACAUCCUAAAACAUCCUAAAGCAGAUGUGGAAAGACUGUACAUCCCAAGAAAAUAUGGAGGUAGGGGCCUGAUUGAUGUAGAAACAGCAUUCAAAACAGCAACAAUAGUGCUUGAUCACUAUCUGAAGCACAAAGAAGGGCAAUAUCCAAAGCAGCUGCUUGAACAUGAAAGAUCUAAAGCCAAAAAUUCAAUAUCCAAGAAUGCUACUAAAUUCAAAAGGGAAGUAACAAUGCCAGAGGUUGAGAACAGAGAAGAUAAAUCUGCCUCUGAAAAUGCUAAAGCACUGAAACACGUGUUUAAGUCCAAGAUGAAGUCAAUGAAAGAAGAAAAGUGGAGAAACAAAGUAUUGCAUGGCUAGUAUCCAAAGAUCCUAGAGAAGCCUCAUGUAGACACCGUCACCACCAACAAAUGGCUGUCAAGUAAUUUCAAAGGAGAAACGGAGGGACUACUUGUAGCAGCUCAAGACCAGGCAAUGAAUACCAGAAACUACCAGAAAGUAAUAUGUGGCCAGCAAGUGGAGAGCAAAUGCAGAAUGUGUUCGCAACAUUAAGAGACAGUUGACCAUAUUGUAUCUGGAUGUGAGGUAUUAGCCAAAACAGAGUACAUCUCCAGGCACAAUAAUGCUGCAGCAUAUCCGGUCUCCAUUGGAGCAUCUGUAAAGAUCAUGAUAUAGAGAUUACAGACAAAUGGUACGAACACGAGCCAGAGACCGUGAUGCACAAUAAAGAUAACAAAAUCACCAUCAUGUGGGACAUGCCAGUCAAUACUGAUAGAACUAUAACAGCAAACAGACCAGACAUCAUCGUUAAAGAUUCAGUGAAUUCCACCUGCAAACUGAUUGAUAUGACUGUUCCAUCAGAUAGAAACAUCGCACUGAAGGAAACUGAAAAAAAAAGCAAGUGCAAAGACCUAGAACUAGAAAUACAGAGAAUGUGGCAUAUGAAAACCGUAGUGAUCCCUGUGGUUGUUGGUGCACUUGGUACGGUGAAAAAGGGUAUGGUAGAAAACAUCAAGAAAGUAUCAGAGAGAGCUACUAUGACAGAGAUUCAAAAGAUCUGCGUGCUGGGAUCUGCGCGAAUCGUCAGAAAGGUGCUCAGUGUAUGAACAGAAUGAUUGACUUGAGUGACUCACGCUGUAGGUGCAUGGUUUGCGCCCGGCUAAUGCACAAAAAGAACACCAGCAAAGACUGUGAUAAAAGAGAUAAUAAUAAUAAUAAUAAUAAUAAUAAUAACAGCAACAACAACAAUAAUAAGACAAACAAAAGACUUCACAAAGCCUCAUGACUAUGCUAACCUGAGAUCAGGCACAAUUUGAGUGGUUCUCAUACAUUCUCUCUAACGGCUACCGCUAAAAUUGGGCUCUCUUUUCGUUUCGCCAUGCCCACCGGAAUGUUAUUUACAAAGCGAAACGAAAAUAGAGCCUGAUCUCAGGUUAUGACUAUGCUUCCUUUCUGUUAAGAGCCUGAAUGGAACAAGAGAACAACAGUGCGUGUGAUUUUCACUCUUAACACUAAGUAUUUAGAGUAAACUCGGACGUCAUUUUUGGUGACAGUAGCUACCGCUCUCAGUCCAUUGAAUUUACGGGCUUUAGGUCACCUUCCAACGCAUUAUCGAUAUGUAACGUAUGUGGUAUAUGUGAAGUGAAAACAGAGGUGGAUCUAUUAACCACGUUUUGGUCAAGACUAGGGUCAUUUUGAUACUUUUAUUGUGUUUUUCAGUUUACACUAAAGGCGAACAGUUCCGAUUUUGAAGAGUUAAGUUUUCUAUCUCGCCCGGCAAAAUGGAUAAAGUUUACAGUCAAGAAAUUAUAUGGGGCUAGCGGCGGAGUUGGAAUCCAAGAAAUAGAAGUUUACAAUGAAUAUUGUAAUCAAAGUAAGUGAUUUUUAAAACUGAAUAGAUAAACACAAAAGGAGCCAACAGACGAUUCUGUUAAUUGGUAAAAAUAUCCUCCAUGUUUGAAGGGAAAGAUAUGUUGUAUAUAACUUCAUUAAAAUUUUGAUCCAUUGUUGGACCUUGUUAAUGUUCGGCUAUGUUUGUGAAAAGUGCGCUUCCUAGGGCUCUGAGAAACUUUGCCUCGAAUUAGCAGUUUAACCAUCUUUGAAUGUUAAAAGAUCAAUACUGAGAAGAGCGGCACGAAAUCUUUGAAGAAAGUAAUACACAGCUUGAUUUUGACUACAGAGUGAAGAUAAUGUGAACUGCGGGAAUUCAGAUCUACAUGAAUUCAUCUUCAUUCCAAGUUUCAUUCGUUCCGCUGGUGAAGAUGAACUCAACAAAUUGGCCUGCUCCCAAUGUAUGGCUCUUCAUAGAUCACUUAAUUUGGUGGAGCACUGCAGUGCUAAUGCAGAGGCCAUUAGUUCGCAUCCCGUUCAAAAGCCCAAAACUUUUUUCGGACUUAAAAUUUUUUAAAUUGCAAUUACAACUGCGGUGGUCAUACUCUCGCUUUAUUUAGAUUUUUACAUUGAUUGUCCAUGUAUGCGAGUUUUACUUUCAGGAUAGUGUGCUAUGGAGUGCUACUAACAGUCUCUAUAUCGUAGUUUUACUCUAAGUUCUUGUCAGAAUUCCUUUUGCAUUUUCUAUAAGUAAACAACUUAUAAAUUCAUAUCAGCCUUAGUUCCUUUUUUCAUCUAUUAGGGCAGCGUGGUCGAGCGCUGUUCAUGUAACCCGGACGUCUCGCCCUGACCCCUAGCUGAGUUUGUAGUCGGUAGUCAAAAGUUGAAAUUCUCCGCUAAGCUUGUAAAAUCGCCUCUGGCCAGUUAGGAUUCUUAACCAUUUUUUUCCAUUUAAAUUAUUCCUAUCUGAAAAGCCCCAUAAGGGGAGAGGAUAAUAAAGUAUUUAUGACACAAUCCUUUACCAAUCAGGGCGAAGGAAUCUCUGUUAUCACCUGAGUAUUUAAACUAAAGUGAAUUUGAAUUUGUUUGUUUUCAGAGUCACUUUGUGACGCUGUCCUCCUAAACAGCAACAACCAAUCGUCUCAUUACCGUCUACACAACCGAAAGUUUCAAUUCAUGAUUGACGCCCAGAGAAAAGUUACCGUUCUGUUAACAAGUGGAUCGCUUGUCACUAGCUCGCGUUAUGAGAUAAUCAUUGGGUCUGCGGAGGAUAACCAGCUCAAACUAAAACGUAUCAAAGGCAACAUUACUGCUGAUUUGUUGGUGAAGCACGUUACGGGGCCAUUAAAGGAAAACGAGAUGCGGUCAUUCUGGAUUGAAGUAGAAACAGACAGAGUAGUGUUUGGUUCUGGAGAAGUGGUAUGUCUUACAGAGUAUAUGAUUAGUUUCUUGCAAGAGAGAAACUACUUGGUCGAUAUUUCUUAUUUGAGAUACGGCUGUUGCGACGCGUUCCUCGCACGACCCUCGCCAUACCCUCGUGUAUGAUACGUCUUUGAGUCUUAGCGUGUCAUUCCCCCUUCAACCUCUGUUAUUUUCUUGUCAAAGAUCAUCGUUAUCGUUAUCCUUAUUUUCGAAACGCUUAGUAGACUAUGGCAUAACAUAAAAGUUCAGUGGUUUAAGGUUUUCUUCAUAUUGGGGCUAAGUUCAGCAGCUGAACCUCUUUUAGGCGGCCACCUUGGAAGUAACGAUAAGUAGGCGCUUAGUAUAGGAUUCACUGUAGUUGAUGUUUUCUCUUAAUUAUCAUGUAGCACGUAUUUACACCCCAAGUAGACUAGAUGACUAUACUUUUCAGAAUCAUAUAUUGAUUCACUGUCUCAAAUGUUAUCGUUUUUUCAACAGCUUUACCUGUUUUGGAGAGAUAGUGAUCCAAUUAACGUGAAAUACGUGUUCUUCUCUACGACCACAUCAACGGCAAUUAUUCAUGUGUGUGGACGUACAGGUAAAGAACUCAUUUUUAAUAUCGCUGGUCACGUUCUUAUACGUUUUAAAAAUUUCCAGUUUAUCAGGGUAACUGAUAAUGAUGAUUUUCUGUCGUUCAAUUCAGGAAAAGGUUACACAGUUUAUAUUUGGCGGGUGGGUGGAUUUGGCGUAUUAUAUGACGGAAAUUUGUUUUCCUCAACAUCGCUUUUGCUCAUAACUGGAGGGAAAUUUAUGUGAGUAAUUUUCCGAAGACAUGUAAUUAAGUAUUGGACCACAAAUUUCAAAAACAACAGAAUCAAAAUUCUAAUUUAAUUUUGAAAGAGCAUGUCCAGGCUUGUCUUGUACACUAUUUCGAUAAAUUGGUAUUUUAUAGCAACUCUCAGAUAAGUAUCAUUUGAUAUAAAGCAUGUAAAGAGGAUCCUAUUAUGGAAAGGUUAUUUCUUUUGGAAUUGGAAAUUAGGGAAAUUCUAAUUCUUUGAUCCAACGGGACUUAUAAAUUGACGUAGGCUGCGAAAUCAGCCGACAUUUCGGGACUCCACCAACGGUUUCUCCGGGAAAAGAUGUUCAAGGAACGACAACAAAAAUUCCAUACUGAUGACGUGUCACACCCUGAUAUGGGUAGUGCUUGUGAUUGGUUGAAAAUUUGCUCUAACCAAUCAGAAGCAUUACCCAGAACUGGGUAGUAACACGUCAUCAGUAUGACAUUUGUGCGCUCGCUCCUCAGAGAUCACUUCGCGGAAAAGCCUUCAGGGACGUUGCUAAAUGUCGGCUGUUUUCUCAGUUUAAAAUUGAGUCGGAGUUGGGGGAAUUAUUUUCGAAAUUUUUGCAUAGCAAUAUUCUCAUUGCAUGCUUUUAACAGAUCAAUGUUAUAAGGAUGCGACUCACUACUGGCCACUGGACAAGCCUGUUUUCGUAAAGGACAUAAACAACGGCAAGAUCGGAAAGAUUCACGGUCCAUGGAUCACAGAGCGCGCAGCCGCUAAAGCUGACUUUUCACCUCUGGCGCUCUCCAUCAACAGCUCCGCUUCCUGGGUAGACCUUGGCGACCUUUCAGACAGCUGCUUAAGCAUUCCUUCCAAGUGUCCCGAUGGAUUUUCUUUAAGCUUCAAAGCCAGUAUUUCUGGAACUGGAACCGGCUAUUUGCUAUCCCUUGGCACAGUAAGCAUCUUUUAUGUCGACGAAACCAUGUAUUUUACUGUUAAGGACACACACAAGGAGUGGGAGGUUAAAGGAGCCUUUAAGAGGAACACCUGGCAGACAUUUUCCAUUGGGUGGAGCUACCCAAAUGGCCUGACUGCUGUUAUAGUCGGUAAUGCAGCUACUGUGUUGUAUGAUUUAAGUGGCAAGACUGUCACACCUUCAGCUGUGACAAACGGCUCUUUUACGAUUGGUCGACCUAAAUAUUUCAGUGGUGCAAUCAGAGAUGUUGCAAUUUGGGAACUGGAAAUAAGUGAGGAAAGGAUGAAAACACUUCAUGUAUGCAAUGGUGAGUCCACCUUUUAUAACUUGUUUCAAUAGGUUUGUGCAGAUCAACCCUCAUUGCAACAUUAUGAUUGUCAAUAACAAAAAAAUAACGAAACAUGCAAAACAAGUUAACAUCAUUUUGCCGUGGGUAGCGUGGGAGAUUGGGGCUCCUUAGUUGGGGAAAAGGGGGACAAUUCGCGAUCAAAGCGAGCCGAGCAGACCGAGAUAUGUUAUGAACAGUUCACACUUGUUUAACCUUUGUCAUGACGAUGUCAUAUAGUUUCCUCUUUUUUUUCUGGAAACGAAGAAGGCGUUUGAAAAGCUCACGUAUUAGAAGAAGCACCGUAUGAUUGUUUCAAUGUGUUCAUUUAAGAUCAAGAAAUGCUGUGCCUGUUUAUUCCCAACAUAGUCAAAAAUUCUAUCGCGAAAAAGGAGAAAAAUAAUGAGGUCAAAGGCCAUUACUGAUUUCCCAAAAGCCUCACUGUUAAAGCGAGGCUAAGUGCAAAAACCUGUCUUGUUAAAAUGUGAAUUAUAAUAGAAUUACUUUUGUAACAAUUGGUUCGCCUCCAGCCUCGCGUUGAAACAGAGGCUUGAGACGUGAGAUAAAAGGCCUAGCUAAGUGCACUUUUCUUAGGAGCUGAUGAGCGGUCACUCUUAUCUAUGAUGUUCACAGAUCCAGACUCCUGCCCCGUGGGCUGGGAAUAUUUCGAUGGUUCCUGUUACAAGGUGUCGCCUUCAAACCUCUCAGCUUCCGCAGCUCGUGAAGCAUGCGUUAGUGAAACAGCUGAUCUGGUGAAGAUUACAUCAGAAGAAGAAAAUGCUUUUGUUCGUAGCUUGCUAAAAGGGGAUGCUUGGAUUGGACUUGAACGAUCAAGAGAGCCAAACGAUGAAUUAUAUUACUGGAGAGACGGAAUGAAGGUCUCUUAUGAGAAAUGGAAUAACGGAUCAUCAAGUGGUGAUUGUGUUGUCAUGGAAUCGAGUGGAAAUUGGAGCAAAACUUCAUGCUCAUCGUACACAUCGAGAUACGUUUGUGAACAAGGUAAUGUUUCAAGCUCACGAUAAAUUUUCAAACGGCGGUUUUUUCGCUAUUAAUUAAAAUCUCUCUUUUUUAUGCCUUGUGCCAAGAAUUUCUUUUAAACAUUUACUACAUUUGGGGACUUUUUACCCAUCAACAGUGCCUCAUUAUAAACGCCGAGCAGCUGGUGUUUUGAGUGUCUAAUAUAAUCAUAUUGCUUUCAAUGCGGCACAGCAAAUUCCUUGGAAAAUCAUUACAACUCACUGUAGGGACCUUAAAAUCCAAGGACGAGGACGGCAGCGAAAACGUCGCUGAAAAAAUGAAUUCGCGUUCUUUUAACCUUCAUUGCGAUUACGCAAAGUCACUAGCUUUGUCAAAUGUAGGUAGCUACCCCUGAAGUUGAAUUCCGAAGAACCAUAUCCAAGUUCAGAAAGAGAGAUGGAAUUUCGCUGUCGCUUGUGUACUUCCUCUAUAAAACGUGAAAUCAGGCAUUUUCAAGUCGUAGUCAUGCAGUGACGGCAAAGAAAUGUACAAAGUCAAAAAGCGUAAUGCACGUGCAAAGUUCUUGUUUUGCUUAUUAAACCUGCUGCUUUUAUGACUUUCUCGUUGCCGUCCUCGUCACGGAAGGAAACUAACGGCCAACAAUUAUUCAGUUUUGCGUUUGCGUUCCAUAGUCGAUCAAAGUGAUUUCAAAAAUUGUUGAUCUUAGUCUCUCAGCUUAUCAUUAUUAAUGCCUGAAUGUUUAUCCUUCUUCACUACAGUUCCUUACCAGUACUUGGGUUGCUACAAGGACGGUGACACAUCGCCAGCUUUUGUUUUUAACCCCGGUGGAUACAAGCCAAGCAGCAUGACCCCAGGUCUCUGCAUGCAUGAGUGCGGCACUUGGUACUACAAUUAUGCAGCAGUAAAGGGGGGAAUGCUGUGCUUGUGUUCUAACUCCACUUCCCCAGCGGCUGAAGGUGCCGCUGACAUGUGCUUUUGGCCCUGUUUUGGUUCUGGAAAUCUUAAAUGCGGAGGAAAAAGUCACAUUUCUGUUUUCAAGUCAGUUACGGUGUGGCCUCGGAGGUUAGAUAUGUCCUUGGAUUCCUCUGUGUACACCUUCAAGGCUUUUAACAUAACAUUAACGCCGAAGUUACCAGCAAAUGAAACCGUUGAGUCCUACACGAUUAACAUCGGGGAUGGUACAACUCAUUACACCACGCAUUCCCCUGCAACCAUAGCAAUUCUGCAUCCCGGAAGUUACUACAUCAAAGGAACAGCAAUCGUAAAACAUAGUAAAACAGGUUAUCGAUCAACAAUUGAAUCUCCUGUGAAGAUUAGGAGAGUAGUUUCUGAAUUGACAGGUCUUAAUAUUUCUUGCCAAUCCUGUGCUCCUGUGAACGUUUCUGCCGGUUGUUCUGUGAUGUUCCGUUAUGGUUCUAACGUGGAUUAUGCAGUGCAAUUUGGGGACGGAAAAGGUCAAGUCAAUGGUUCACUGCCUGGUAAGUGUUAACACCCAAACAUCACUACAACUUUGCUGCACUAACUUCUGUUAACAGAGACCUUUAGAUUCUAAGACGAGGACGAGAUUUUCUCAGUACGAAGUGUUGCGCAUAAGUAAACCAGCAUCAUUUUAGCUGGAAAACGCGAUAGCAGUCGUGACCUAGCUAACUACGAGUUUUUGCGAGUAUCUCGAAGUGGUAGAAAAAAGUUGUCAAAUGUUCGAGGUUUUAUUUUCUUGCGAUCGAGAGAGGGCGUAACCUUGAGACAUAACGGUGCUAACUUUCUUGGUGAAAAAUAGUCCUGCUGUCUUUUUUUGACAAUACACGGAAAAAAAUUAUAUCAAAUUUCGUAUUCGUAGUCGUUCUUGUCCUCGAACACUAAGGUCUCUAAUGAAAGAGCAAAUUACGUUGAUUGGAAUCUUUUGAUUGAUAAGCCAGAAAGUGUAUCGCGGUAGGGGGAUUUAAAUGGGGUCAAAGUCUUCUGCGUCUUAUACAUUGCAUUCCCCACUCCCGCCCUUUUUUGGUUUCCUAUAGCCAUUUUUCGAUUGCGACAUAGUAAGCAUUCUCAUGCAAUUUCCCCUUGUUUAUCCCACUUUCCAUCCUUUUAAAACUCCUACCUCUCGCCCUUUCCUUUCCCACCUCUUGUACCCCUCCCACACACUAUUCUCCCAGGCUCCUACUUCCUGUCCUUCCCCACUAUGAUAUUCAAUUAGUAUAACUAUAUUUCGGACGUGCAAAGAUAAGGAUUCUGGGGAUAGAGCCGGCCUAAACUUCAAAGUGAGAACCUAUCAGCACUUGUUCAUAUUAUCUUGUUCAUAUUCAAUUAGUAUAACUAUAUUUCGGACGUGCAAAGAUAAGGAUUCUGGGGAUAGAGCCGGCCUAAACUUCAAAGUGAGAACCUAUCAGCACUUGUUCAUAUUAUCUUGUUCACAGUCUUAAUCCACCACUGUGAUUUCACGACGAAUUUCAGGUCAAAAAAAUACAACAUUUAGUCGCCUACUGGGUGCAAAUAUAUUUUCAGGCGCAAAUUAAGCCGGGCAAAGGCUUAACCAGUCCUAGAUGAGAUUGGUCUUAAAACAGGGUCAUAUGAUUUUCCUUCAUGCACUACUGCUGAAUUUGCUGAUUAUGCAAUUAAUGGACCUGUUUUUCAAUCCAAAGAUGCAGCAGUACUGACUGUGGGCACACCAGCUGGGGAAGCACACUCGCCAAUUACAUCUGACGGGUUAUAUCUGAUGGCGGGUACGGAAGUCAAAAGUAAAGGAGAAGCUGUUGCCCUGGAAAUGGAUGUUGAGACAGGAGGGUCUUUAGAAAUCAUGGUACUCUUCCAAUAGACUAAUGAUAAAGUGUUUUGAAAAUAGAACUCAUUGUUCAUCUUUACUUUACAAAAAACCCCACUGCUGGUUGAUGUAAGUAACCAAUAAUAAUGAAAAAGCCACGGAGAUAAGAAUCAAUCACAGAGCCCGAAUGCAGAAAAGAUCCAGGUGGGAUUCGAACCCAGGACCUUCCGCACCCUAGUCGGAUGCUCCAACUACUGAGCUAGUAAAGACUGAGGUGAGGAAGAGUGAUUUCUGGGGGGGGGGGGGGAUGACAUACUAGCUGAAUCAAACAGGAAUCAAAACAGGGCACUAAGGAACAGGUUUCAUGCAAUUCUCUUGGAACUUCGUUGCCCUGUUCGAUACAAGUGGCAAAAAAGAUAAAAGAAGUCAACCCAAUACAUUAAAUUGCUACCUAUAUUUAUAAAACUGAUGCAGUAGUAAUGAAACGUUGUGAGAAGAAACUGUCGCUAGGCAUGAUCAUCUCAGGGCAGCAAAAGUGUUGUGACGAACGGAAAAUUGCAGUUUGUAAGAAAAAUCGCCCAGUGCAACGAGAUUGUGAUGCAAAUGUUACUAUUGGCUGCCAGUUUUGUAACAAAAUUUUAUUUGUGAGUAAUUUUGAAAUAACUGUCAUUCAAAUUUCCUGAGCAAUGUUGUAGUUUUUGUAGUAAACGCUAAUCACUUACAUCGCUAGGUUUAUCGACCAACGUGCACGGAUUCUACUCAACGAUACUGUACAUCAACCAAGACGUGUAUCUGCGACAUCACUAUGUGCACAGGCAGUGAGAAAAAAACAUGCGACAACGAUGCAAUCUUCAGUUUCUCUGACGGGCUGUGUGUCGUGCAAAGUAUGUCACGUUGCAAAAACGAAACACUGCCUUAUGGAAACUUUAACUACCAACAAAUCCAUAAAUACCUGGUCUACACAACAAGUGGUCCCAAGCGUAUUUUGAUUGAAGAUGAAAAUCAGAGAUUUCAGCUUCAACCUGGAGAUGUCUUUGGCGUGCGUUUUGCUUCCUCGGGACCGACAGGGGCGCUAAAAACCAGUUCAUCAGGGUCUUCUCUAUUUUAUUCCAGUGCAGUUAUUAACAAAACUGGUUCGGGAAUUCUUCGUGGUAAUUACCAUCCAUUUACAGAGGACAGUCCACAAAAUCGUUCCAUACUCCCUGCAAUCGCUUUGGUCGUGUCCACUGUUUCUGAAUCCCGUGAAGAAAGAGUGUAUGAAAAGGUUGGACAUAAGACAAUCGCCUUAUCAGUCGGAAACUCCGUUACAAGAGAAAAUGUUACAAAAUCGAUUUGCCUCCAGGAAAUGGUCACCGAAUUGCAGCUAAAUAUACCGGAAGUCUUCCCUUCGGCGGAAUCUGUAAAUUUAACCGGCUCUAUAACCAAAGGAAGUAAUGUUACUUUCAUCUGGGAUUUUGGUGACAACAGCAACGACACGACAAAAUUACCAUGGGUCACGAAAAUAUUUGACAACACUGGGGAGAGGACCCUCGGCGUCUUGGCAGGGAAUAAGAUAGGGGUAGCUGCACUCUGGUGUCAGGUGGUCAUUCAAGAGAGAAUAGCUGGCUUGAAAUUUAAAAACGAUUCUUUGAAAACAAUAGAAAACGGGACCACAGCUAGCAUUGGCUGGACAUUGUUCAAUGGAUCACACGUUGAAUUUAAUGUCACCAUCACACUCCCUGAUGGGAGUAUGGAAACAAGGAAUUUGACUGACGUCAAAGUGCCAGGUGCAAGGUUUUUUGGACUCUAUAAAAGUAACUUUACAAUUGUUGGUUGGUACAGUGUAGUCAUCACAGCCACCAACAGAGUUAACAAUGAAACAAUUACAGGGAACCUCAGCGUACAAUAUGCAAUUCAUGGUGUGGCGUUUGAGCAUCCACUGAUCCUAAAGACCAACGAAACGUUCAACUUCACUGUAUUGCCUCAUCUAGGAGACGAAAUGUCCCGAUAUACCUUACAUACCAUGGAUGGAAAAACAACGAACAGCACUGAUAAAGUUAUGCCCUAUACAUACACCACAGCUGGUAGAUACAAAGUAGUAUUGAUCGCAUCCAAUGAUGUCAGUUCAAUGCUUGUGAACUGCACAGAGAUUAUCGUCCAGGACGUAAUCGAAGGCUUCAAAUACACUAGCGCUAAUCAUUCCGUAGCAGUGAACGCUCCGGCAGAAAUACACUGGAGGCUUACCCAAGGCUCUGAACUUCUUUUUUCCAUUGACUAUGGUGAUGGGAGUAAAAAAAUUGUCAACAGGAGUCUCUCAGUUGGCGAUAUUUUUGUAGCAAUUAGUACGCACAAUUACACUAAGCCUGGGGAAUAUCACGUGGUCAUUAAUGCGAGUAAUCUUGUCGAUAGGAAAACAAUUAACACCACAGUAUAUGUGGAGACGCCAGCAGAGGGCCCGGGACUCGCUAUAUGGCGUACUACAUAUUCUAAAGCCCAAGAAAAACUGUGUAAAAAAGAAUUGUAUAUUGAAGCUGAUGAUUCUGUUACAAUGAACGUGACAAUUUCAAAUGGCACCAACUUAAACGUGGCGAUAAAUUUUGGAGAUAAUUCAAGUGAUGAAUCGAGGUAUUUCCCCCUAGAGUUUCCGACUUCGGGAUGGAGCACCAAUCAUUCCUACUCCAUUGCAGGAAAAUACAACAUUACGGUGACAUUCUUCAACAGAAAUCCUUCAAAUGUCAGCUACACUUGCCUGCUGAUAGUUCAGUAUGGAGUUAAAAAAGUCAUGGUGACCUCAGACUCGCCCAGGAACUCUUCUGAUGCGGCAGUGACACUGAAUGUAUCAUUCCCUGGUCCUGAGUUUGAACCUUCGGGACCCCUAAACUAUUUCUGGCGAUACGGAGAUAACAAUUACUCGCUGACAAAUAACUCAAUGACGGUUUACAACUAUCCAAAUAAAUGUGGGGUCUAUAUUGUAACUGUUAAUGUCUCUAACGAGAUAAGUUCCGGAAUUGGUUCUGUGGAGGUUAUAAUACAAGAUGCAAUCCAAGGACUUAAAAUUAUCACUAAACAUACGGAAUAUGAGAACCAAACAUGCUCAGAUUUUACUCUUCGCAAUGAUACGUAUCCCGUGGAAUAUGACGUAUCUUUUAAAGCCUUUAUCACAAACGGUACCAACGUAACUUUUACCUGGAAUUUUGACAGCGAUGGAGCCAAAAAUUACUCGAAUGAGACCGUCUUGCAUACGUUCAGUCCUUGUAAAGAAUUACGCACCGAUUGUGAACACACCAUUCGCCUAAAGGCACAGAAUAAAGUCAGCAAUAUGACACGUGAUGUUACAAUCACGCUGAUGGAGAGUAUACUUAAUGUUACGCUAACAGACGACGGGCCUACAGUACAAGGAAAAGCAGUAAACUUUACUCUCACAGUGGGUGAGAGGGGGCAUGAUCCCCGUUUUCUACUCGACCUCGAUGUGGAUGAGGAUAAGACGUAUCCAAAACAGUACAAAAAGAGUGAUUGGGUAAAACUAAAGGAUUUAAAUUGCAAUUCACUAAUCAAUGAUCGGCGAAAUAAAAAUUGCACUCAGUAUUUUGAUGUCACGUAUGAAGAAGCCAGGGCUUAUACUGUUAAUUUUAGAGCCAAAAAUGCAGUAUCCUGCAUAAAGUUAAAACCAAUAACAGUACUAGUAGGGAGAGGACACUGUGAAUUACCCGUAAUUAAGGUUCCUGGAUUCGAAUCCGGUGAAAAAAAGCAGUUCAAACGUUCAGAGAAGAUAUCUAUCGAGACUGACAACAAGAUCACAUGCUUCAAUCAUAGUACCGAAUUCAGGUGGAAGAUUACAAAGAAAUGCGGUAGUGAUCAACAAGAUUCGAAGCUAGACGAAAGAACCACACCUUUGGCCGCUCUGUAUUAUAACGCUCGGGCUUUUAAUUAUUGCAAAGAGAUUGAAUUUAUAUUUUCUAUCAACAUGACUUGGGUACAAGGAUUUUACAGUGAGAAAAAGUUUUCUAUUGAAAUUAUCGAAACUCCCCUCUUGGCAAGUAUUUUGGGCGGCUCGAAGAGGACUGUAGGCAAUACCGCUAUUGUGCAAAUUGAUGCUUCCAAGUCAGAGGACCCAGAUGAACCAGGAAGCAAGUUCGAGUUUGCUUGGUUUUGUAACUUUAAAGGUGGCAAGUUGCCGGAAAAUAUAUCCUCUAUUGAGACAAACAAUCCCUUGAGUAAUGGAAGCUGUUUCGGAUAUGCUCCGGGUCAACUUACGGAUUUUAACGAAACAAAAAUAAUAACGUUAAAUACGACCAUGGCGAUUGCAGGCAGAACAUAUACUAUCAGAUUUGUUAUGGCAAAAAGAGGGCGAGCGUCGGUUUUUAAGGAUCAAGAUAUUGCCAUUAUUGAAGGUGAUCCUCCUGAGAUAAGUAUCGAGUAAGUAUGUCUUAUCAAUUUUUAGUUAUACUAUGAACUUCCUACUCCGACUCAAUUUCGAAGAGAAGUGUUAACGUCAUAAAACUACAUUUAACGAAAUAGUGGGGUUCGGGUAGCACAUCCAGAUAGAACAAGAUAAAAACUGUCUACUUGCUAUAAAUCAGCCGGUUAUUCCGGGUUUACGGAGGACAUAUAAGCACCGUUAUGCCCCGAUGACUACAUCAUGGUGCCAAAUUCGCAGGGUGGGUCUCCUGUGAGUAAGAAAGUGCAAAAUUCUUAACAAUUUUUGUCCAAGGUUGUAGUUUAAAUUCAAUUAUCAUUACGCGCUAAAAGUGAUGUUACACGGGACAAUUUGCAACACAGCGUUGUAACAUUGUUGCGACAUUGCUUCAAAUAGUUGCAACAUUGUUACAACAUUCCAACGCUACGUUGCGCUUAAAAUCGUCGCGUACCAUCACGCUACGUUGCGCUAAAAAUCGUCGUGUACUAUCACUUAAAAGUUCAAAGCACUACGCGUCAACUUCUACGCGAGAAUUGUUUUUUUACCCUUUUUAAAAGUCUUAAUUUUGAUACCGAGAGAGUUUUAAAUAGUCUUUAAAGAUGAGAUUAAAACGGAUUUACAAGUUAUAUUGGGACGGAAAACUACUUCUUCAAUGAAAAUACUUAUUUGAGCAGAUCUGAAGACUUUACAAAGAAUGAAUUGCACAUGUCAAGCCAUAGCGCGCGCAAGAGACAAGCGGCUCACGUCAUUCGCUCACAAUCUAGCCAAUCAAAAAAACUGAAUUUUCUUACUUAACCAGACCUGGCCUGCCUUCGGCUUCGUAGACAAGACAUCUGGGUACGAGAUCAGGUCGACGUGACAAAACAUUACAACGUGAUUUGCAAAGGAAAGAAGACGCUGACCAAGGGAUCUUUCAUCGUUUUUUCUGCUUGCUUGCUGUUGGCAGUUUGAAAAUUUAUUUUCUGAUAGCUGAUGGUAAAUUCUCUCUUGUUUGUCAGUUGAAUGUAAAAAUACUGCUUUAUAUUGUCGCCUUUUAAGGCACAGUUGCAGCGCAAAGGUUGCUGGGAAAUCGUGGAGCAAAAACGAGGCUAUGGUGAUUAUAAAUCAACUGGAAUAACCAGCAAAUAUCUAACUUAAUGGUGAUCACCCUUGAUGUGAUUUUCAUCGCUACUUGCUUUUAAUUUCAGGUGUGUUAAAAACUGCAAGGAAAAAUUAAACCCAUCGGAGAAAUUUUCAUUAAAAGGAAAAGGGAAGUCCAAAGAUAACCGAAACAUAAUUUACGGGUGGAGCGUUCAAAUAUGUGAUACAUUCAGUGACACCUCAAAGUGUUCAAAUGAAGAGAACCUACAGAGUUACUCCGCAGUGCCGGAUCUAACGUCAGAGACCUUGGUCAUAAACCCGGGUUAUUUUAACGGUAAUUUUGGUAGUGAAAUGUUGUUGAUUUACUAAGAUAAUCUUUACUUUUGCCUAAAAAAUUAAGCUUUUCUUUUCAUUAGAAUAGUUUAAUUUUGUCCAUGGCUCUUCCUCAAAAAGCGCAAGGGGUGUGAUAGAAAGAAGACUGUGGACGAAGGAAUAAGAAGCUUUAGCACCGACGACGGCAACGACAACAAGAACGUCAAAAAAGCAGCAGGUUUAAUAAGCCAAAACAACAUUUCUACGCGUGCAGCACACUUUUUAUGUACAUUUGUCUGCCCUCACUGCACGAGUACAACAUGAAAUACCCUCAGGAGACGGUUUAUUCACCAUUUUCACAUAGACCAUGAUGCACCUUGUUUACCCCACCACCCCACCCAAAUUUUACAUAACCAUUGUAUCCAAUUUCUCCGGGGUAUUACAGAGAAAUCCAAGACAAUGGUUAUGCCAAAAUGUUGGGGCGUAAACAAGGUGCGUUAUGGUCAAUCUGAAAAUAGUAAAUAGAGGAAAUAAACACACCACCGCGAAGUAUUCAAUUCCAGGGUCCUUUUUUUACGAUUAAGCGAGUUGUUUGAAAAACGCGAAGCUUUUUAAUAGUGACGUUCUCGUUCCAAUCGCCAUACAAGUCCUUAUACACCAGACGUAACUAGUCGAUGAUGCAUAACAUCAAUGAGUAAUCGAUGAGUAAUCAUUGGGUAAUCAACUGAUUAGUCAUUGAUUAUUCGCUAUAAUCAAUGGGUAAUCGAUGACUAAUCGAUGGCCAAAACUGAAUUUUGUGGCCUAUCGAUUACCCAUCGAUGACAUCGAUUACUCAUUGAUGCCUUCGAUGAGUAAUUGAUGCGUUCGAUUACUCAUCGAUUAUCUUAAGAUUAUCCACCGAUUAGUCAUUGAUUACACAUCUCAUACAAUUUCUAGCAAUUUUUUUUUAUUUCUGGUGAUAAAAAUUUACGUUAAUGGUUCUUGACGAUAAUUAUAGUCAAAUAGGAAUUAAAUCUGCAUGUAGAAAACCAAUGUAUAUAGGCCAUGAUUUAUCGCCGGGACAGUAACUGAAAUAUCAAAAACGAAAUGUUCAAAAGGUUGAGUUAUCUGUCUUACUCUUUGGCUAUUAGAAUCUGUGCCUUUGUUGAGAAACAGCCACCGCAGAGUAAAAGAUUUCCGCGUCUAAGGUGGUUGUAUCGGUUUUUUUCCAUUAUAUAGAAACUAAAUGAAUAAAGUUUGAUCUAGAGCAAAUAUUAACGAGUGGUACUGUCCACAAAUUUAUCUCACUUCGAUUCAAGCAUUUAAACGUCUCUUUACAAAAGAGGAGAACAGUAAUAACCUAAAUUCACAUAGUGAAUCGGUAACGUCCCCUAUCUUUUGCAGUAACUAAUGGCAUUCUAGUAAGCACAGGAAUAAUCCAGAUGGUUGGAAAUCCCAUGCGGUGGCUGUUUCUCUGCAAAGAACUGCUGCUUCGGCUUGGAAAGACUUCUGUCAUAAGCAGCGGCAUUGACCCAUAGCUACAGUAGCUAAAACAAUUACUCUUCUAGCCCUAAUGUUGUUCGUCCUGCUGGUUUUCGAUUUGGUAUGGUUUGUGUACCCGCAAGAUUAUUCGAUAACUAAUCAAUGACUAAUCGAUGACUGAAAAUUUUGUGGCCUAUCGAUUAUUCAUCGAUUUCUCAUUGAAUAUCGGAUGUAAUCAAUGACUAAUCAACUGAUUACCCAUCGAUUACUUAUUGAUUACUCAUUGAUUUCAUUGAUGUCAUUGAUGUCAUCGAUUAGUAACGUCUGGUAUACAAGAACUAUAAGAAAUUUUCAGAAGUAACCGCUUUCCCAAGAAAAUAAGAAAAUAUCAUCUUCUCACUUGCGGAUAGGUAAAUUACGUUACGAUGUCUGCUGAGUAUACCUCUUAGACUAUGUCUUCACUAUAGUCACUAUACCCAAUAUAGUAUGAACUCGGAAACAAGUCGUUCACACUGAUCGAAUAUCGUGCCAUAGCGGUAGUUCCAUCUCAGUGGGUUCCAGUCCUCGAUCGUGCUUAUUUAAUUCUUUUACGGUCUGAAUACCUGUUUCCAUUGCAUCAAAGUCUGGCACAGAACCUAUGCGAUAUGUAACGUUCCACUUUCGAGAUCGGCUCUGUGUAGCUUGGCUCCGUUACAGAAAUCGCGCCAAAAUCACCGUUCUUGUGCGUGAACAGAAGCCAUAUCCGGUAUGGUUUUUGUGCCGGCUCAAAAGCUGCACGUUAUAGUGUGACCAUGGCGUCAAUUUGGCUGUUUCACCGUUCGUUUGGUCUUCAGCAUCGUUGUUGGUAGCCUCCCACGCAGGCGUGUUUAGGGGAGCUCGAUAGUUUUCAUCCCUCCCCAGAGCCGAUCUCGAAAGUGGAACGUCACAUAUCGCAUGGGUUCUGUGGCAGACUUUAAUGCAGUGGGAACAGGUAUUCAGACCGUGAAAGACUUAAAUAAGUACGAGCGAGGACUGGAACCCACUGAGAUAGAAGUAAAUAUUCAGUAGUGAGGACUAGGAUUCAGUUCACCAAACCCUCUCGGCCAACCGCUAUGGCACGAUAUUCGAUCAGUGUGAACGACUUGUUUCCGAUUUCAUACUGUAUUGGGUAUAGUGACUAUAGCGAAGACAUAGUCUAAGAGGUAUACUCAGCAGACAUCGUAACGUAAUUUACCUACCCGCAAGUGAGAAGAGUGAUAUUUUCUUAUUUUCUUGGGAAAGCGUUUACUUCUGAAAAUGUCUUAUAGUUCUUGUAUGCCAGACGUUACUAAUCGAUGACAUCAAUGACAUCAAUGAAAUCAAUGAUUUGUGGGGAGGGAUGAAAAACGAGCUCCCCUAAAAACGCCUGCGUGGGAGGCUACGUUGUUGGCGGUUGCUCAGAUAUUAACCCGGUACCUUUAAUUUUCUGCUCAUAUGAGACGGAUGUAAAUUAGGGCUUUGGUUUAGCAGCCACGGUUUCCUUUCCCCAUGUUUAUAAUCACUUAUCGAGUUUUUUUCUUUGAUAGGUGCUAUGAAAUACCAGGUUACACUUAGUGGACACUUUGAACGUAGUACAGCAAAAGGCACAAGCACUUUCAAUGUUGAAGUUAACAAGCCUCCAAUAAAAGGCCGAUGUGAAGUAUCUCCCAAAAAAGGGGAACCACUAAAACGUGUAUUUAAAAUAGAAUGUAAAAACUUCAAAGAUCCAGAUGGGCCAGCUGAGUCUUUAACGUACAAAUUCUUCUACAAACAAAGUAAAGAAGGUCCUCUAACACCUUUAGGCCAGGGCUCUAGUUCCGAUCUCAACGAUUUUGCUUUGCCAAGUGGCAAUUUGACUUUUACCGUGAAGGUAACGGACAAAUUCGGGGCAUCUGUCUAUUACGAUAUCCCCGAGUCUGUCGAGGUAGGUAUUGUCAUUUCAGUCAGGCCAUUAUCUUUAUCAAUAUCAUUUUGUUCUAGUUUAAUCGUUAUCUCGUUCUUUCCUUGUACCUAACGGAGUGGGUGGGUCAAGCCAAGUGCCUAGGCUAGCUCGGAUUGAACAAGCCUAAAUCAUACUGUGAGUCGUAACGUCACUAAGAGAGAUACGGCUUGGUGUUUUUCUGGCCCUGUCUACACGUAUCUGCAUAUUUUUUAAAACGCAGAUAUUUUUCCCGUCAGUUUUAGAAAAAUAACGCGUCCAUACGUAGCGUAUUCGAAUCAUUUUCGCAUAUUCACACAAAAACAACGUUGGCAGAAACAUUAGCAUCCGGGCACAUAGGUCACGGGGGACACCUAUCCGUGAAAAAAUUCACAAGGCAAAAUUUCAGUUCUUGGGCUACAUUUUUUAAAACGCUUAUAUCUCGGUUAUGUUAGAAGUGAUUUAGCUAAAAUUUGUCGGAACACAUUGUGGAAUGAUGGACGUUAAGAGGUUUCUUUUUCAUUUGGUAGAUCGCGCCUUACAGCGAUGCUUGAAGUCACAUGUACAGUUGUAUCAAAUUGGGAAAUCGUGAUUUUGUGUCUAAGUUGGCGGGAAAAAAAGAAGACAGCACUCUAUUAGUGAUUUUAUUAAUAAAUUGUCAGUUAAAAUCAUUAGUGUGUUUUGUAUUAAGCAGGUUUUGCAAUUUAAAGUUUACCAGCAAGUAUAAUAGUUUAAAUAUUCUCACUGAAUAAUUAAUUAACGCAUCGCCAAACGACCGGUAAAAUACUCCGCCGUCCUUUGGGACGCAUCAAUGCACUGCGGGCUCCCCUGAUAAAUAGGAUACACCACGUGGCUUUGAUUUCACUGUGUCACAGCGCCGACCGCCGAGACGACUUAUCGAGGUUCGCUUGUAUCGGUUUGUCAACCAACACCAGCCCGCCUUCGUUUCCUUGUACUUUCCGCUAGCAUCAAACCGUCUUUUCUUCGACUACAUGGCGGAACCAGCGGGAGAAUUACCGCCUUUACCUCCGGUGGCGGCAGAACCUCCUGCAGGACCUCUCGCAGAAGUUCUCGCAGAACCGGCGGCGCAACCCGCGGCUGCUAAUCAGGUAAUUUCUAGUUCUGGUGCUUUUCGUUCGCUUUUAGCUUUAGCUGCCCGUUUGUGCGCAUUUCGUGUUUUUCUCCAACGUUUCUAGUACUUUGUUUAGCAUAUUUAACGUUCCACGUGUCUCUAGGGCAUAUUUUUGUUUUUCUCUUCGCUUUUGUUAGCGUUGUUCGUAUAUGUAUUUCAUUUUACUCGGUCCUUUUGUUUCGGCUUGUUUGUGUCUCAUUUGGCUCCGGGAGCCGAUUUUUUGUUUGGGACGAAAUAUUUUUGUUUUGUAUGUUCGGUUUUGUCCAAGACACGAGUUAUUGCGUUUGCUGUCCGGGACCGCUCGGCUCUGGGGCCGGCUUUCGUUUCGGAACGAAUUGCUUUAUAUACGGUCCGGGACCGUUCGGCUCCGGGAGCCGGGUUUUUGUUUAAACCAAGUAUUUGGUGUAUGCGGUCCGGGACCGUUUAGCUCCGGGAGCCGGGUUUUGUUCAAAACCAAGUAUUUAGUGUAUGCGGUCCGGGACCGCUCGGCUCUGGAGCCGGCUUUCGUUUCGGAACGAAUUGCUUUAUAUACGGUCCGGGACCGUUCGGCUCCGGGAGCCGAGUUUUUGUUUAAACCAAGUAUUUGGUGUAUGCGGUCCGGAACCGUGUAGCUCCGGGAGCCGGGUUUUGUUUAAAACCAAGUAUUUAGUGUAUGCGGUCCGGGACCGCUCGGCUCUGGAGCCGGCUUUCGUUUCGGAACGAAUUGUUUUAUAUACGGUCCGGGACCGUUCGGCUCCGGGAGCCGGGUUUUGUUUAAAACCACGUAUUUAGUGUAUGCGGUCCGGGAACGUUUGGCUCUGGGAACCUGUUCUUUAUUUAGAAAGAAUUUUUGUUGGUCGGCUCAGGGAGCCGGUUCUUUUUCUUUUGUUUGGAGUGAGAUAUUAUUGUGUAUGCGGUCCGGGACCGCCCGGCUCCGGGAGCCGUUUUGUUUGGGGUGACAUGUUUAUUGUGUUUGCGGGCUAGGUCCGCUCGGCUCCGGGCGCCUGUAUUGGUCAUAUAUGCGGUCCGGGACCGUUUCGCUCUGGCAGCCGGUUUUAUUUGCCAAUGAUUAUUGUUAUACGGCCUAACCGUCCAUUUUGGAUCUAGCAUAUCCUCGUUUCGGGAUCUUUCGGUUCUGCCUUGGGACCGAAAUUAAUAACAUAUAAAUGUUUUACAGACGUUAAUAUAUACUUCAUAUUUUGCGUCACUCUUAGGCGGACGAUCGAAUUAAGCUUCUUGAAGACAAAUUGAAAGCUUUGGAGGAGAAGCAGGGCGUUGACGUGGUCACCACUGCUCUUACCUCUGUUCGCAACGCUCUUCAGAAGCCGGAAGCUGUUUAUGACCCUUGGGAGGCUUCUGCUCACGUCGAGGCCCUGGUACGGGCAGCCAGGUCGUCCGCCUACGAAAAGGCAGACUAUUACGCGGCCAUUUUGGAUGAAUUAAAAGGAAGAUCUAAUGCCCUCUCCCCCUCUGCCCAUAAACGGCUGCUCAUGGGCCUCUUAGGCGAUCCGGUUAGAGCCAAGGUUGCAAAGGAGUCCUCUGCGCUUCUCAAGACUAUCCAGCGUGAAGAGCCUGGGUUUCAAGGUCGUAAUAGUACUCGCCAGUUUAGGAGCCAACGCCCUUAUGUCUACAGUUCGGUUAAUUGUUACAGAUGUGGUCUACCAGGGCAUUUCGCCAGAGAUUGUGGCCGCGGACGCGGCCGCAGAAAUUCUAGGCGUUAGCAUCAUGUAAAUAUUGUAAGGGUAUGGGAUAUGUUUUUUCCUAUAUUAUCCUUGUUUAUUGGCUGGAAUAAAGAUUUUUUCCCCUAGUUAUUAGCGUCCUAGUUUUCGCCUCAUUUCUUCGUUGACCCUGGGGGCCUUCUCAGCGCCUUUAUUCUGGUCUAUGAUCAGAGCUGGGGUCGGCGAAGGAUAGGGAUCCCACCUUCUUUUCUUCCUCUUCUUAUUUUUGUAUUUUCGUUCUCCGUUUUCCCAGGAUUUCGCGGUUGCACUACGGGCAAUCCUUGCGCUCCCGAGCCGUGACGUCAAAUGGUGUGACAUAAACGGGGAACCCUUAUCCUUCGUUGGCCCCACCGUACCGGCGGAGCUUGUUAGUAAAGAUCCAUCCCUUGCAGACCUGGCCCAAUUGCGUUUUUAGACACCCAGAUUAUUUCCAAGCGGGCAGCUUACAUAAUCAUGUUGACUUCUGGGAGGAUCUCUUUUCUUCAGCCGGUUACACUUGUCCUCAAGUUGAUUUGCUACAGAUAAUCCGAGAGGGAGUGAGGGUCGAUAGUUUCUUCCGUCAUUUCAAGGGCAACUUCAAAGGAAAAGUUAUGAUUCCGCUGUACCGCCGAUUUCUAUUUUCCCGAACUCUCCUUGUUGCCAUCAAUUUACCGAUUUCAUUGACACUACAGUCUUAGCCUGGGUCUCUCAGGGUGUUAUCAAAGUCUAUGGCAAGAUUGGCGAAUGCUCUCCUCCUCAUUUAGUCCUCCCCUUGACAGUCGAACCAUCUAAGCCGCGUUUAUGCCACGACGAGCGCUUUCUUAAUUUAUGGAUUCAAGAUCUCCCUUUCAAGUUAGACCACCUCCCAGACCUGCCUCGUUAUGUCCUCCCAGGGCAUUUCCAGACAACAUUUGAUGAUAAGAAUGGAUACCAACACCUCAAGAUUCACCCGGACUCCCAGGAAUUCUUCAGUUUUUCCUGGAGGGGCUAUUAUUUUUCUUUCUGCACCUUACCUUUCGGGUGGAAAGCAAGUGCCUUUUUAUAUCAUAACGUUGGCCUUGUCGUCACCAGUGCCGCGCGGUCUUUGGGCGUACCUGUUUCGCAGUAUAUUGAUGACAGGCAUGUGGGCCAGUUAUUCCUAUCCGGUCCACUGGUUUGCCAGCCUAGUCGCCAACUCGCACGAGCAGCAGCCUUUAUUUUGUUAUUCCUUUUGAUCUCAGCGGGGUAUUUUGUUAACCUUGCAAAGAGCUCUCCACAGCCAUCCACUUUUGUUAAAUUCCUGGGUUUCAUCUCCGAUUCUGUCUUGCAAGCUUUUUUAGUCCCACUGGAUAAAAAGGAGAAAUUUAAAGCGUUGCGUGACGAACUCCUGAAUCAUCUUUUGCGCCCGUAAAGAGCUUGCAGCGUUUCGCGGGAAAGGCGCUAUCGUUUAGUCUCGCAAUCCCGGCUUGUAAGCUGUAUGUGCGGGAGGUAUUCAAGGCUAUCAGCGCUGUUGCCAAGAAUUCAAGCUCUCUGUUCCAAUCCUGGGACCUUUGCGACAGGAACUUCAGGAAUGGAUUUUCUUGGACAAUUGGUCUGGUCACUUACCUUGGCGGUCGGAACAUCAUCUCUCUGUCACAAUGUUCAGUGACGCCUCCCAGAGGGCCUGGGGAGCAGUCUUGGUUAAAGAUGGCCUACGCCAGCAAAUACGAGAUUAUUGGAUCGACCUUGAAGGUGAUAUCAAUACCCUUGAGGCCAGGGCUUUGUGUAACGCUUUGAGCUCUUUUUUCCCUUCUAUCAGAAACGCAAGAAUCGAUGUGUGGACGGACAACGCGACUCUCCGAGCAGCCUGGGAAAAUGGCGGUUGUAGGAGUUCUCUGGUGAAUCAGGAGUUGAAAAAAAUAGAAGAAAUGUCUCGAGCAGGAAACUUUGUUUUGCAUUUGAAAUAUGUCCCAUCGAGUGAAAACAUUGCUGACGCGCCCUCCCGUGCUCUGACUGACAUUGAUUGUUCUUUGUCCGAGGAGGCGUGGGCCCGAGUUCAAGCGCGGUUUGGACCACACACAUUUGACUUGAUGUCUUUGGACAGCAACUGUCGCAGAGGAAGGGAUGGGAGCUUUUUGCCUCAUUACUCGCCUUGGCCGACUCCGUGUUCUCUGGGCGUUAAUGUUUUCGCACAACCGAUACCAAUGGAACAUAACGUCUAUGUCUUUCCCCCUUUCGUUCUCGUGGGACCGUUGCUGCGGUACUUUUUUGAUCAGCGCCAGCGUUUCGCUUUUACCAUCGUUGUCCCUCGUUUCCGCCCGCAUCGCUAUUGGUGGGCAAUACUCCAAGCAAUGGCAGUAGAUUCUUUUCUUCUUGGGCGGAAAGGUGACCCGGCCAUGUUGCUUUUCCCUUCCCGCACCUCCCCCGAUUUCAUUGCAAGGCCCUUGCCUUGGGAUCUGUGGGUUUUUCGUUGUGUCUGCUCCUGGUAAGCUAGGUAUUUAUGCUUGUCUCUAUAGAUCGAACGCCCAUGGAAGCCUGCCUGCCGAUGUCCCGCCUGCUCUUAUCCAAACGACAGUGACGCGAACUUUUGCCAGGCCUGCGGUACACCCCUGUCGCGUGAGCCACCGCAAGGGACCCGUCCACAUGCGGACAUGCCUUUGAUCAACAAGCGCUUUACAGAGUUCCAAGAAUCGUAUAGGAACAAACCUUAUGAACGGCAAAAGGACUCUUUAGAAGUUCAGCUGUCGAGUUUCUUGUGCUCUCUUGUUCCCCCGAAGAAAGUUUCUGCUGCAACCGCGGAAGACAUCGUAAAGUUUUUGAUUAGCAAGGAUGCUGCGGGAAAACAGAAACUCCAUGUGCGCUCUUGCUCUAGUAAGACCUGUAGUUGCCCUAAGCGUCUAGCGGCCGGAACUGUCGAUUCAUAUAUAGGGAAACUUAGAGCGAUUUUCAAUAGGUUAGGCCGUACAGGGUUUUCUAACCCGUUGGCACAUCCUUGUGUUAAGGAAUAUCUUAAGUUUGUAAGAGAGGAGCAAGCCCAGCAACCUUUGCCCCCUCGUCAGGCUGUCCCUUUGUUCUAUGACAAAUUCACCCGUUUAAUUGCCUAUCUUCGCGGGCUUAUUGCCGAAGGCUCUGCGCUUUCUCCUCUCAAUAGAUACCUCCUGGUCAGGGAUAUAACAUUCUUUGUUAUUGACUUUUACACUGGUGAUAGAGCAUCCGAUUUGGGCCGUUUGAAGGCAGAUCAGCUUUUUUCGCCUUAAGGAUAGGGAGGGGUUCCUUCUCAACUUUACGUUUAGUAAAACAAGGCGUGCAGGUCAGUUUCGCCCUUUUGCUCUGUUACGUAUUCCAAAUGUACCUGUCUGCCCGGUUUUUUGGUUGAACUAUUAUAUUGCCGCGUGUGGGGCAUUAGGUGUCCCUCUUCAUGGUGAGUACCUCUUUAGGUCUUCGGAGCAUAAAAAGUUUGUGUCACAUCGUCCGUUCGGAGGGUCAGCCGUAUCUGCACGGCUCCAAAAGUAUCUUAAGGCUGCCAACAUUAAUGACGGAGAGACCCCCACAGCUUUCGUGUAGGAAUUUCAUACACCCUCAAGGGUUUGGGAUGUACUCCGGAGCAGAUUGCUCAGUACGUGGGUUGGCGGAGCACAGAAAUGGCUUUGUAUUACACGCGCCGCUCCAGUGCUUCUGCUUCGUUGCAGUUGUUAGAACGGGUUACGCUCAAUCUUACUUCUACGAGCUCUCCGCCCGCCCUGCAACUUUCCCACCAAGGAAAUUUGCAGAGAAUUUCGUAUAGUUGAAUUAAUACAUCUUUCAUGACUAAGGGACCUUCAUCCCAGUACUCUCCGGUGGUUAUUAGUUUGUUGUCAGUUAAUAAAUCUUUAUUGAGUUAUGGAGUAUUGGGUGUUGAGUGUUGGGUAUUGAAAUUAUAAGGUCGAUGUGUUUUGGGGGGAGGGUCGGAGACCUAGGUUAUGGCAGGCUGCCUCAGGGAAUGGCAAGGAGCGGAUCUCUCUCCCAUAACUUAGUUUCGCGAUGUGUUAAGUGGUAGACAGUGAGGAUAUAGUACUAUUCUCACUGAAUAAUUAAUUAACGCAUCGCCAAACGACCGGUAAAAUACUCCGCCGUCCUUUGGGACGCAUCAAUGCACUGCGGGCUCCCCUGAUAAAUAGGAUACACCACGUGGCUUUGAUUUCACUGUGUCACAGCGCCGACCGCCGAGACGACUUAUCAAGGUUCGCCCCACCCUCCUCCCCUGGUGUUGGUUGACAACUCCUCACAUAUCGUGAUCUAUUCUUGCUGUCUACCUCUUUCCACAACAAUCCGCGGAUCUCUCUCCCAUAACUUAGUUUCGCGAUGUGUUAAGUGGUAGACAGUGAGGAUAUAGUACUAAGCAAAAUCUGUCAUCCCUGAAAAUAACGCCUUAUAUCUUUUUAUGAAAGCGCUCUUUUAGAAUUCAAUACAUAACACAGGACAGUCUACAAAGUUUACACCUCUGUAGUGUCAGCUCGUGAAGUUUUGUAUCUCCGCUGAAGUUUUGGACACAAAAUUGUCGGAAAAGUCAAAUUUUGAGACUUACUCGACUAAAGCACGAGUAUCAAGCAAAAUAUUUAAUUAUGUAAUGAGCUGCAAUGUUUUCAAGGAUUUUGGGGACGAAAGAUUUCCUUAUCUUUAUUUCCACAUUUUUAAAAUCACUGAAACAAGGUUUCAUUCAGAGCCCUUUUGUUACUUUUGAAUAAACAUUUUGUUCGCAGUCUGCGUGCCACACGUGCUCGUAAACGCUUUGAAUUAUGUGCUCAUCUUUUACCCAGUUAUGAAUAUCUCGUAAACCUGUCGAUAUCAGUCGUUGUACUUCAUACAUACGCUAUAAAUAAAUGCAUAAAAAUGAGCCCAAGGUGUCCCCCGCGACCUCAAUGCUAGUCCGAGUAUGAUCAGUCAGUGGUCAGCCGAUAAUGUUCGAAAAGCUCCGAUUUCGUCCGAGGCAGUCCUCACCAUCAGCGUUUUAAAAAAUCUCCAUUCUAGAGAGCGUUUCUGAAAAAAAAAUGCGUUUUUGUGACUGUUUUAUUUCACCGUGUACGUGUGUAAGUUAUACUAAACGGGACGAAAAAUUUCUCUUUGGAAACAACAUCGUACAGAGUAUGCGUGGACGAGGCCUUAAUUCUAUCGUCAAUGCUUUCCGUUAUUUAUAUUUAUUUUCCAUUUCAAUUCCCCGACUAGUUUCCAUCCAGUCAAAGCUAUCAUCUGCAGGUUGAAAUUUGCUUUUAUCAAGUUCUUGCAGUGACGCUAAAUAUCACGUGAAUGGCUUUCAUUGCUUUUCAUAGCACAUAUUUUACAUUAUGGCUGUUGCCAACGGGGAAGCAACUAUUUGAGUAUGACCGCGGGAAAAAUUCCAUCGAUACUUCAAAUUAAUUAACGCCCACGUUCGAUAUAUCAAGGGACAAAAUUGCAAAUUUUCCACGACUCCAUUGUCUCGCAAUUCCUCGAAGAGACUUGAGCGCAAAGAAAACCAAAAUCAGAUAUAGAAAUAUGACCAGAAAGUGCCGGAGUCAUGGUAAAAUUUUAAUAUAUCGAACGUGGGCUAUUACCCAAGACAGUUACCGAAAAAGUGCUUUAAUCUUUCUUUGACAGGUUAAUAAAAAGGAAUUGAAUGCUGAGCAGCUUACAAAAAUACUAGACUCAAGUCUGGACGAAAUAACUGCUAGUGGCAACCUUAACCAGAAACUGUCUUUCUUAUCAAGUGUUACCCAAGCUUUUGUACAACAAAAGGAAAGUAAAGAAGAUCCCAAGGCAAGCAAAGAGGUAAUUCUUACUUUUUUAAUGUCCGAUUAUUACUAAUAUUUUUGGUCUGUCAAAGCGUACCAGUUUGCUACUGGUCAGUUUAAACUUUUGCAUCUUAAGGUGAACCCUUCGUUUCCAGUCGGAUAUAUAUCGAACUAGCCAAUUUUUGAUUUCAUGGACAUUGGUUGGUAUAAUAAGCUUAGAAAAACAACUGUUUUCAAUCUAGAAUAACAAAUAUAUCGGAGUGUUUACGGUAGGUUUUCGGAAAACCCGUCCUUGAGUGGCCUUUGGAGAUGUAAUAAUUAUUUAUUUAUUUUUGCCUUUUUCAGUUCGUUGACAAGCUUGUUUCUGUUGCACUUGACAAUACUGAAGUCAAAGAGGAUAUGAAGUUGGGUGAUUUAACUCAGCUGUCUGGGACUCUCAGCAAAGCUACUUCCGUAGCCGAACAGAAUUCUAACACUGUGAUCGUAAGUGAAGUAUAAAAUUAGACGGAUACGUUACAUGAUUCCAUGCUAGCAGUAAAAUCCCGCGACCAAGAGCCGGUUUUUAAGAAUCUGUUAGGCUAAAAUUUGCCAGUUAGGCACCCUCUUUACAAAACCUGUUUAGCUAUAAAUUUGAAAGAGGUUCUUAAUUUCUACAAUCUUCAAAAAAUCCUGUAUUCUUUUUAGGAUCCGUUUUGGCGACAUGGGCGGGUGCCUAUCACAGUCCAACCGCAAUAUGAUAGUAUGCAGAUUUUAUAAAAGGAAUAAGCCGAAUACGACUAAAGGCUCUUGGUUAAUUACAAUGUAUUUUUUGUUCAGAAAACAAGAACCUAUUUAAGAACCUAACUAUUGCCUAAAUUGGUGCUUAUUAACAUUUAUGUAAGAACCUGUUUAGGCUAACUUGGGAAAAUACACGUUCCUAGUCGCCGGUUUCUUCCUGUAUUCACAUGUUAACGGCUUAGCUCUAUUAAGAACCUUCUAGGAAUAAAGUGACGAGUGGUUGCAAAACUUUGCGAUUUGUAAGUUGUGUAUCUUUGCAUGUACAACUCUGUACUUAACGACCGACUGUACAGUAUUGGGAAAAUGAGCUUUUAACAAUCAGUGUGAAAAUGUUAAGUUUUCUCCUGUCAAUUGUCAGUUCAUUUAACACGACGGGGCUCUGGGUAAAGGCUAGGCAUUGGUGUCAAUUGACAGGGAGUCUCGUCGAUAAGCUCAGACAGGCUUCUGACACCUCCUGUUCAAUAUUGUAAUUUUAGUAAGAUCGAACUAGUGGUCUAUUAUUAAUGCUGCGUUCUGAUUGGUUGAGCUACUACUAGGCAAUAUGUUGUAGCGCACUAGUAGCGAAAAGAGCUGGCUUUGAAAACCAAAACAAUGGCGGCUGAAUCGCGUUUUGCUAGCUAAAGUUGUUUUGUCUCGAUAUUUUUGACCAACUAGUUGGAUUUUACUAAAACAAUUAUUCCUCUCGCCCUCAUGGCCUCUGAGUCAAUAGCCCAUUUGGCCUUCGGCCUCAUGGGCUAUUGAUUCAGAGGCCAUUCGUGCUCGAGGAAUAAUUGUUAAAUAUCUUUUACGUACUAUGAAAGUAUUGUCGGCCGAAUGGGCCAUUGACUCAGAGGCCAUUCGGGCUCGACGAAUAAUUGUUAAAUAUCUUUUACGUACUAUCAUAGUAUUGUAAACUUACAUAUAAUAUUGGGCAACAAAUCUAUAAAUACAAAUAUAAUAUCAAUAAAUUAAUAAUUAUUUUUACGACAAAUUAACAGAAAUUAAUUAAUCACACCAUUAAGAACGGAUUAAAAAGACUAGCUCAGAUUCUGGAAUCCGUUUGUUGUGGAAGUUAGUACUGAACUCUAAACUUUCUGAGAUACGUAAAUUCAAUUACUUGCUUGAACUAAUGGGAGGCGAACCAGAAAGUCAUAUUCUUGGCUUGCCGCACACUGCUGAAGACUGCAAGGGAGCAAAGAAAGAUCUUAGAAAUUACUUAAGGAAAGGACACUGAGGUUCUCAAGGCAUUAAAGAAGGAUUUGGAAAAACUGCCUAACAUAUCGAGCAUCAAAAAAAAAAACAAAACAAAAGAGAUUGAUGAGUUUUACAACCAGUUGUCUAGAACUGUAAGAAGGUCUGAGAACCUUAUUAACACAAUGAAAAAAUUUCAAAUUACUCAAAGUCAUGUUUACAGCAUUAUGGACAAGCUCGGUCCAGUGAGAAACCCUAUCACAAAAAGAUGAUGACUGGGAAGUUUGGGGAUUAGAUGAGAGGAGCUAGUAGGAAACCUACGCAAGGAACUUAACAUUCCCCAUCAGCCAGUAAUCAGAGAUUAGACAGAGUCUGCAAAGAUGACGAAAGUGUAUGAUUGAUCAGUUAAUACCAGUUCUCAAGUACCUUCUUUGAAUGACUGCCUGGAAGUGGGACCCCCUUUACAGCUUAUCUUUGACAUUCUUCUCCAAAAUCGCCUGAAGUUGCUAUGUAUCACCGGAGACCUUCAAAAGGCCUUCCUCCAGAUUAACGUCGAUCCAAAGGACAGGGAUGUUCAUCGCCUCUUAUGGUACCAAAACCUUGAUUCAAGGGUAGUUAGAUAGCAUCGUUUCACAAGAGUGAUUUUUGGGUAAGGAACUAGUCCUUACAUUCUCUGGAUGACACUUAAAGAAACACAUGAGUCAGUCAGGUGGAGAUCACAGAGAUGAGCUGGUUACGUUCAAAGAGGAGGCCACAAGGAUUAUGGAAGAAGGUGUCUUUCACCUUCACAAAUGGCACAGUAACCUACUAGAGUUAGAGGGGCAUUAGAGACUAAAAGAAGAUGUACCCCUGAAGCAAGUACGAGUAAAGUUAGAGAUGGGAACUAGUCCUAAGGAGACAAAAAUACUGGGAGAUCCUUGGAACAACACAGAAGAUGAACUUUCUAUUGGCUUCAUGAAGCUGUUAGAAUCGGUUGCCGAGGGUCCUUUAACGAAGAGGAAAUUGCUAUCGGCUGUCAACGGUGUAUAUAACCCGCUGGGUCUUACAUCUCCGGCACUAAUCACAGGAAAGAUCCUAUGCAGCGAAACCUCAUUACACAAACUCAAGUGGGAUGAAAGAGUAUCCACGCAGCGUCGUAGACAGAGGUGUAACAAGAACUGUCCUUCGCCGCGCGCUUUGCCGAUGCCAGAAAGCCAGCAGUUUCGGCAGCUAUCUACAUUGUAGCAUUUCAUGCGAGUGCACUAGUUUGCAACAAUCUCCUUGUUGCAGAGUCAAGAAUAGCUCCAAGAAAUCUAUCAAUCCACGCUUGGAAAUUAUCGCUGUCCUUCCCAAACAGAUUAAUAGUCGACAUUAAGAGAGCUCUUUCAAAAACGGUUGGCCGAAACCCCCUGACCUAUCCAGAGUUUUAAGAUGUCUUGCUGGACGUAGAGAAGUGCAUGAACAACCGCCCACUUCUUAAUCAACGGGAAUAGUUUGAGCAACCAGUGCUUACCCCAAACACCUUCCUGAGGGGAAAACCAACCCAAAUCGUAGAGGAAGAUUUUCAGGCAAUUGGUGAAGAGAAAGUAAACAAAGCGAAGGAGAUUCUUACAGAAAAGCAAUGAGCAGCUUCAAAAGAGGUUUUUAAAAGAGUAUGUGUAUGCCCUUGGAGAAAGAAAGUGUGAUGCCGCUGCAUACAGUGCAAAAAUUCCAGACAAAGGAUCAGUGAUGUUGAAAAGUGAAGCAAAGGAUAAAGCAUCGUGUAAGCUUGGACGAGUCGUGGACAAGAUUAUUGGCAAGGAUGGAGAACUUCGCGGAUUGAAGCUGAGAAGCGGAAAUUGAUUUUUUUUUAUGUUGUUGAACCUCCUUUUCAACUUGUGCGUAACUUGGCAAUUGAAGGAGAGAAUCCUAAUUACAAGCUUAAACCCCGAAGCGGAAGUGUUUUUACCAACAGUGUGAUCAACCAGGAGGAUGAGAGAUUGUAAAUAAAGAGAUUGCAAGUAAGCGAGUCCGAGACAUUACUGCCCAAGAAGCUGAAGACGGUGACUGCCAUUUAAGUUGAUGAAAACUUAAAUGGGGGGAGGGUGUUGAGAUCGUUGAGAACAUUCGUGGCAGCUAUAUUAAGUGUUUUGUUGUAGCCUCGUUUAAAGUAUUUUUCGCAGACCCAUCAGUAGGGAAAGAAGACUAUGGGAAGCGGUUUUGACUUUGUUGCUGUUCGGCCUUCUACUACCUUUUACUUGUACUUGUGAAUAGGACUGUGUAUAUUAUCAACCUGUUGAGAUUUUCUGUGAACCUUUUCCAGUGUAUACUUAUAUUUCAUGCUUCUCUUUUAAACAGAACAAAGUUACCUCUUUUAUCAAGAGCGCGGCAGACUUAAUUCUUAACCAAACCAAGGAGGCCUCGAGUAAGGACAUUGAGGAAGCUUCAGAGGAAUUGUUCGGUACAGCAGUGAACGUCAUUAAGACCGACUCAUCAAAAUCAAAACAGGUACGAUCUACUACUACUACUACUACUACUACUACUACUACUACUACUACUACUACUACUACUACUACUACUACUACUACUACUACUACUACUACUACUACUACUACUACUACUACUACUACUACUACUACUACUACUACUACUACUACCACUACUACUACUACUACUACUACUACUACUACUACUACUACUACUACUACUACUACUACUACUACUACUACUACUACUACUACUACUACUACUACUACUACUACCACUACUACUACUACUACUACUACCACCACCACCACCACCACCACCACCACCACCACCACUACAACUACCACUACCACUAUUCAUGUUAUUAUUCAUUCAUAUACCACUAUUCACUAUUCAUUCCACUAUUCGUUUCCUCCUGUAUGAUUAUACGUGAUACUUUGUUAUUGUCAAGGAAAAGUAAUUUAAGUUAACCCUCGGACGUACAAACAAAUUCAUACCCCUACCGUGGUACAGGGAGGGGGGGUGGAUGGAACCCCUCCCGGGAGUUUUUGAUAUGUUGCAGUAUUUUGAAACGAUUUUACCUCCAGUGGAAAACCUUUGAUCUUCUUAACAAGAUGAGGUAUAUUUGAUGGGUGGUGGCGCUGCUGGAGGCCUGUGACGUCACCAACAAUGGUCGCCAUCUUGGCUGCCAUCUUAGAUUUUACUAAGAAUUAGAAAUCAGGAUAAAACCGCGAGCAAGGGUAAUUUUUUAUGCUUUACAUGAAAAAUAACACAUAAAUAAGCAUUUGCAUGAUUUUAGCUACAAGAUUUACUUUUAUUGUUCAAAAAAGUUGAAAAGACAUAUUUUCACCCAAAAUUGGCUUGACCACCUUCUACUUAUGAUGUCAUAUCCCGUAACCAUAGCAACUGACCAUCACUAAUCACCAUCAAAAUCUGCGUGAGGGAUGAACGAACAGCUAUUGAAAACGUCAGGUGCUGAUGUUUUCUCCACUAGGAAAAAACUCAGGAAAACCUUAUUGGGCGUGGCAUCCACCCCCCACCCUCCCUGUAAAAUGUCACGGUCAUGGAAAUAAAGCAAUUUAUUGCUAUUACUUACCCACCACUACCAUUACCACCACCACCACCAGCACUACUUCUACAGCCACUACCACUACCACUACCGCUACCGCUACUGCUACUGCUACCGUGACCGCUUUUAAGUAAUGUCUUGCUCGAGCAAUUAAACUUUUGCCGUAAGCAGAAAGCAGACUGAUCAUGAUCAAAGUGUUCAGCCGAUAACUUUUAAAAUCAUCACCUCAAUGAGUUGUCUACUUGAGAUACAAUCAUGUGACAUUCGUCAGCGGAUACCCUUUUUUGACAGCUGUCAAUUGCCCAUAACAUGGAUGUUCAAUACCAAGUUAAACAGAGCUAGUAUAGGCCUUGGACCCCGAGCUAGUAAGUGUGCUAUUUCACAUCCAUUAACAUGAAGGGGUGGACGUACGGCCGUAGUUAUGGGCGGUUUCGUCAGAACCAAAACUAUUUGGAUGCAUAGGUAACCAAAUUUUCUUUUGCAUGGUGCUCUGCUGCGCGCGCGCAACAAAAGAGCUCUGCUAUGAUCAAAAAUUAUCAUCGUCCUCAAAAGUUACAUGUAAAUGGUCUGACCCAGAGGAUGAAAAAAGUCUCACAAGCUGAUCACAAAAUUUUGUUUGUAGGAUUCUUCAGAUAGCAAUAAUACACAAGAAGCUGUCGGUACAGUGAAAAAAAUUGGAGCAGCUAUACUGACCACUAAGAUCGAUGGAGAAAAACAAACAACAAUUAAGAAGGAAUCUUUCGCUCUGGCAGUUGAGAGGUACAAAGCAGAUGACAUGAGCAAUAAAACCAUCAAUUUGGAUGGCAGUGAGGUCAUUUUGCCGGCAAAUUUUAAAGCCUGCGUCAAUAAAUCAAGUGUUAAUCGAAUGGUAUGUUUACCAAUUCACUUCUUUCCAUUGUUUCGUAAAAUUUAUCUUCAAUGAGGACUAUCUCUUACCCUGUCAUGUCCUCGAGACUAGCUUUAGCUGACACCCAGAAGAAAGGGGGGACACUAUGGUCGAUUGCCUAAUUCAGAACCUCUAAGGAGAAUGAGUACAAGCCUUGAGUGCAGUAUUUUUGGGAUCGAUUGGGUGGACGGAGCUGUUAUUGGUCGAUGGUGUUCAAUGUGACCAUUAACCAAUCAUAUGUAACGCUUGUUAACCCAAGCAAUCCCAGAAGUCUUUGCGUCUAAAGUUUCUCCCCUUUUGGGGGACUUAGGACUGUGCGCGGCGAAGGUUCUUAAUCCCUGGCUUUAUUCAAAGGUAACGGACAAUUGAAACUUGGUACACUUUAUUACGAUCAAAUACGAAAAAAAUACACGUCAUUUGAGAUCAAGUGAGUAAUGCUGAAUUGUUGAAACCAGGCGUUUUUAUUCUCUUUCAAAACAGGGAUAUUGUUUUUCUUCUGGAGGUUUCUUAAUGUUUUAACGCCUAGUUCAGAAUUUUACAUAAAUCCGUGUCCUCCAAUGUAGCUUGUAGAAUUUAAAGCAGGCACUCUAUUAGAAGGAUCAAUUGCAAAGCCUGCGGCUCCAAGUAAUAUAUUGAUUUAGUCAAGGCUAAACGUAAAACAUCCACUAAUAUACAUACUUUUAAUUACUGAAAACCAAAAAACGAAUAAACUUCAACCUAUGCAAAGAAAUCCAGAAACUUAUUCAAAACUGAUUAAAAACAAAGAAUCCCACCCCCCACCUCUCCUCUUUGAGAAGCGAAAGGCCCAUGGAAUUUAAUGUUUUAUAAAGGCUCGUUGUCAUUCUCGAGACUGUGUCUAAAAGGGAUUCUACCCGAAUGAUAAAUUAAGCCGAUUUUGUGUUUAGAUUAUGUUUCCCUUGCAAAAUCGGAUCAACAAACCCAUACCAAUCCAACACUGUUUUGAAUGUACUUACAAACUAUUUUUGAAAACUGUUUUCAACCUGUUUUGGGAAAUAGGUUUUAAAUAGGUCGAAAAGUGUAUUUUUAAUGUAUUUUUCGACGGACUUUUUAAGGUCUUUAAGGUGUUUAAAAUGCUAUUGAAAAAUAGUUUUAAAAGGGUUCUAAAAUUCUUUUCAGUAAAAUAUAUAGAAAAUUCCGGGGCUUUUUCAAAGCUUACAAGAUUUUUAAAGCAGUUUUUAAGUACCUUUUAGUUAUAAAUCGGAAUAAAUACAGGAUAAAAACCGUUUAAAAAACAUAACCGUUAUUUGUAAACUACCUUUCAGAUUAGACAUCACAAUAUCUGAUACUAAGUAACCUUUACUGUAAAUUAUACUUCCUGUUUCUUCUGACGAAAAGACCGAGGAAGGUGGAUAACAUUUAACAUUUCCUCCUAUGAAUAACCAUUAUUUUGUAGUCUACCCAAACUGCCCUUUGUGUGUUGUUUAUUCAUACGACUAAAUAUACGCUAUAUUUAAACUACAAAUUAUAAACUUAACAACAAUACAUAACAUUUUCCAAAACGGCGAAGUUAUUUUUGGCAAAGUUACGGUUUCUGUUGGUAGGGUAAUCGACAAAUCGUUUAUGUAAGUGAGGCCAGAAACAGUUAACUCUCCAGCAAAAGUCUGCAUGCUUCAACUUUCACUUUCGUUAAACCCCAUGGCCAAGUUUUCCUCAACUCAAAAACCAAAUAAAGAAAUCAGCUUAGAAUAACAGAAGAGUCUUGAUAGCAGCUAUAUUUCAUUUUUAGCGGCAGUGGAAAAACACGAAUAGUUAAAAAUUUGAAAUAUUAAAAGAUUUUUCCUGUAGUUCGCCGUAAGAGCCUGAACUAACAGACAAACGCAGCCAUCGAUGACUCCCUGUGCGACACUUUCCUCUAGAAAAAGAGCCUUGUAGACAGCAAGUAUUUCAUUUCGUGGCGGAAAUACAGGAACACGAUAAUUUAAAAACUUAACUGAAAUGAAAAAAGACUUCAGUUGUCGGCAAGUAGUCUGUCGGCCAACAAUUUUCUAGAUACAUAAGUUUUCACUCAAGAACUCACAUGCCAAAAUUUUGACUAAGCGGAGAGGGGGGAGAUUAGGUUGUUCCUGGAGUGUGACCAACAGCGUGAUCAAGCAAAAAGUAAAGCUUUUUAGAAAUAUAUUUCCAAACGUUUUAUCGUGAGCCGACCACAAGAAUUAGAAACUUCAAUCUAGAUUUUUACUCGAGCAACUCCGUUGGUUACCCCGAAAAUGGUUAAUUUUGCGCCAAAACGAAACGCAAAGUAUAUGUCUGGGACUCCCUUCCCUACCCUAAUGAGAUUUUUUUACCUCUACCUCCAGGUUCUGUACGGGAAAACGAACGGUGAACGCUGACGUCAUAAGCAAAUUUUCUGGCGUCGAUAGGUCUCUAUUUUCUAUAAGCUAUGGGGCUCCGCUGACCACGCCUCGCGUGCGCUCGCGUACCCCUGGGAUUUGACCCCUGGCGAGGCUUUUGCGUUUGAGAAGUCGAGUUGAACGUAAACAAUUUCCAUGCCAGGGGAAACCUGAAAACAGACCUCUAUUUGCUGCAAACCAGGAAUAAAGGUACGAUGGUGGAGCUACCAAUAAAAAAGAAGACAAGAGAAGAGAAGACAAACAAUGGUCAAUAAAAACUAGUUAGCAUCUGUUCUAGGAACUCGGACGCUUUUACAAGUAAAAGCAACAGGAAAAUUUAUUGGGUCAACCUUUUCUUUUUUUCAGAGCCUAGUAUCCGACCAAAAUCUAUUCUCAGGUGGCAAGGGAGCAGGUCAAGUAACAGACAAAGUUGUAAGCUUGUCGUUUACCGGGUCAAAGGAUGACGGAAGUGUUGACGUUGGUGGUAAAGAGUGCACAGUGGAAGGUCUGGAGGAGGCAAUCAGUGUUAGUUUACCAAGAAAUAAUACCUCUAAAAAUCCUCCGGAGCAAGAGGGAAAACUUCACUCUGCUAAGUACAGUAUACAUGAAUUUAACAUAACAGAAAAUGCAUCUGCUGUGACUGUUCAAGUAGCUUGGAACAUCAGUGUUGUAGUGCAGAUUUACAUUAAAAAGGGAAGCAGACCGAGGCCAGAAGAAAGCGUUUACGACUUCAACGCAACAUUUCGUUUGGGAGGGCGCUACAGUGAUGACUCAACAAACUUCUCUCUUUGUAAGCUUUUUUUAUCCAAUGAUGAUUUAAACUGGACUGCCGCCGGUCAGUAUUUUGUGAUGCUGGGAUAUACGAAAAAUGACUCUCUACCACUGGAAGAGCUGGAUAAGAUUGGAUCUGACGGCACUGUGCCCUACAAUUUUUCCAUGUAUACGUCCAAGUGUAUGUUCUAUGACGAAAAAAAGAACAUAUGGUCAACAGACGGGCUUAAGGUAAGGUUGAGGAGGAAUAUCAAGUAUUCCUAUUGAUUACAGACUUGAGAAUUACAGACAUUUGAUUACAGACUUGAGAAUAAAAAAAUAAUUAGGGAAAAACGUUUUACACAACGUUUUGAUGUGGUUAUAACAUCAUUUUUAAGUGGAAAAAUAAAGAAAAAAAAUUGUCUUAAUAUGCAGGGAGGCAAUAAAAAUAGCGUAACUCAUAUGUUUUCGCAAGGUUGGACAGUGUAUCUAACCAAAUAGUCUUUCGCGGUUACACAGCUAAGGCGUAAAAUAUAACAAUGGCGUAACUCAUACGCGUUAGACAGAGUUUGAAACAGCUUUUUUUGCGAAUGGAGUCCCAAUGUGUGUUCAAAGUAGGCUUUCGGUUGUAAGGUUGAAUUUCGUAAUUCUUGCGUUAAGUUUGAAUUAGCGCAAUAUACAUUUGGAGCUUCAUGGUAUUACUCUCAAUUUUCUGAGUCCUUGGGGUCAAUAUUUUUACCUCCUGAGUCCCUAGGCCAGGCUCAAAAGAUGUACCUCACAGGAGCCGAACUCAGUCAAUGUAAAGUGUAGCCUACGACUCAGCUCUCCAACAAUGGCGAGCGAGGCGAGAGAACGCGCGAGUGAGAGCUAGCCCGUCGCACUUACGCCUCCUUUUCGACUUGUAGCUCUUGCACGACUUCUCGCGACUCCCCCAAAUAAGUAGUCUGCUACACAGCCGUUAUUAGUGUCGUAGGAGCGUUGCGUGACGACACUAAUAACGGCUGUGUAGCAGCGUACCAAAUAAGGAGCCUUAUAACUCGUAGGUUAGAGAAGUGCAGUUUUUAACCUAUUUAAGGUCGGCUGAUUAUAUUUUGGUCGGCUGAGACGUUGUUCACGGCUGAAGAAAUCGUGACAAACCACUCAUCCGGGUCAAACACGCCCUUCAAAUGAACCGAACUUAAUUUUAAUUAAUUUUCCUUGUAAAGAAGCUGAGAAAAACGACCGGUCGCGUGCUUUUAAAAAAAAUUGACUGAAUUUAGUUCGACAAUAUUUGAGCUAACGGCGAACUUAAUAGUUAUGGUCAACCAAAAUUUAGGUGUUAUGCAUGCGAUAUACAGCGCUUGAACCAGGCCCUAGUCUUUUUAUCGUUACACAUGAGCUAGCACUAACUCUGCUCUAAGUAGGUAACAAAUCAGCUCACAUCUACAACAUAAAUGUUGGUGAAAGAAUGAGAGAUGGUAAAUUUUAAGCUUGGUGAGACAAAUGUGAAAAUGAAUAAUCAGCAUGUCACGAGCGUGGGACAGAGAAAAAAUCUGAGUCCCCGACAGGAUUCGAACCUAUGAUCACCUGUUUAAUAUUCUUUGUCCCACGCUCGUGACAUGCUGAUUAUUCAUUUUCACAACAUAAAUGUUGCUUUUUCUCAGUCUGGGUACCUAAUCAUUAACAGUACCAUUUUGCUAUAUUUUGUGCGAACGUUUGCCUGGAAUGCUGGGCAAUGACACAUUGCGACUCUCACAGACGUCAACUCGAAAGCCUUCUAACACCGAUUUUCAGUUUUCAGUUUAUUGAAAUUGUCCUUAAAUUUUGAUGGAAUGUGUUAUCUAUGUCCGAAAUGUAAAAAUUGGCAAGGGGGUCACCGAAUUUGGUGCGGAGACAAAAUGGCCGAAAAAUCCUCCUAAUUUUACCGCUGAUGUGGCUCUGAUCUCUAUGAAUCUAAACCCAAUGCAACGAAUCAUUGAAAUGCGAUUUUAUCAGUAUACCGGUAAUCUGCUAGUAAGCAAGAACAACAGAUUUUGCAUAGUAGCAUUUUAGGUUCGCCACAAAUUCAAAGUUUGAACCGGCAGCUGAACCGGGUGCACACGCUAGGUGGAUGACUUGAAAUUUUAUAUUGCGCACAAAACAAUUAGAGUAAAUGUUUUUAAGAUAUAGCAUCACUGCUUGUUGAACAAAGAACACACCUACGAUUUUAAGAUAUUAGAAUCGUUAGUGAUGUCGAUUUAUUAAUUUUUGUUUAAAAUUCCUCAAGGUGGGUCCUAAAACUAAUUUGAGGUCUACCGAGUGCUUAACAACACAUCUUACAACAUUCGGAUGCAGCUUCUUCGUUCCACCAAACAAGAUCAACUUUGACAAGCUAAGCGUGCAGCAGCUACUGGAUAGCCCACACGCCUUGAUUUUUGUCUGUGUGAUCCUGGGCCUCUACCUGAUAUGUCUCAUCCCUGCAAGAAGAGCAGAUAAAAGGGAUGCGCUUCAGGUAGGCUGUCAUAGGUAGAGCCCGGGGGGGGGGGGGCACUUGGGUAUUUUUUGGGUGGGUAUGUGCCGCUCGGGACUCCAAAUUGGCACCCCGUGCUCGAAAAAAUUUCCCCCAAAAUUGAUACCCUGUUCUAGAAAUGGGCCAAUUUUUUAUACCCCGUUCUAGAAUUCGCCCUAAAACUGAUACCCCUCUCUAGGAAUGGGCCAAUUUUUUACACUCCGUUAUACAAAGUUUGUAAAUUGAAAUAGCCCUGUCUUUUUAAAAAGAUAUUUCUUUAUUUGUUCUACUUAUACAUCAAAUAAAUGCUUCUUCAUAAUUAGCAACAAUUUUAAGCAGAAGAUAAGCCGUGAUCUACAAUUUUUUAUACCCCGUUCUAGAAAACGAUUCUGAAAUGGAUACCCCGUUCUAAAUCAGGAGCUUCAAAAUCAGGACCCCGUUGGGCGGCACAUACCCGUAUAGGUAAUGUAUGGGAGUACCCUCCCCGGAAGGUAAAGCAAUAGAUCAAUUUUCAGGUGACGGCUAUCUUGAAAACUUGCCUAAGAAUUGCUUGAAUAUAGAUCGCAUUUCCACAGUACUUUUUAAGCAACUUCGAUCUGCCGUUAAUAUUGAUCUCAAUGUGCCAUAUUAUCGCCUUUUUAGAGGCCUUAUUUGCUUUUCUGGGAGCAAAACGUUGGUACUCACUUCCCGUCAAUUUAAAAACUAUUCCUUCAGCAAAAAGGCUUUUAAGAAAAAACUAUUUAAACUGCUUUUAAACCGACAGUGAACUUAAAACAUUUAGACACUGUAAAUAGUUUUUUUUUUUACAUAACUUUUAUUUUCAAUUUUAUACAUUUUCCCUUUCUACCACGAGUUUUAUUAUACCCACUUUUGUAUAUCGCUGCUGAAAAGCCCUCUUUAGGAAGCGCAAUAAAUGUAUGUAUGUCACGUGGUCUUUAAAGCGAUAAAGAAACCAUGUGACAUUACGUUUAUCCCAUGCACGUGCAAAAAUAGCGGUUAUCUUGAACAAUGUCUAUCUUUUGUGUUUCUUUUCCUGACAAUAAACUACAACCGUCGGUAUGAUGGCAACAGUAAUCUACUGUAGCCGGCUUUCAUGGCGAGUUAUUUAGGUCCCGUUUAUAUUAAGAAAACAUAUCUUGGGUAGAAGGUCACUCGCCUGACCGAGCUAUCCUCUGGUUGUGCUUUAAUUAAUGUUUUUUUUUUAACACGAUUUCUUUCCUUUUAUGUCUUUUGAAUACUUGAAGACCGGAGUCACACCACUUCCAGACAAUGAUUCUCGAGAUACGUAUUGUUAUGAGAUACACGUCCACACAGGAUUUAUUCGUGGAGCAGGAACAAGCGCAGAAGUGUCAAUUGUGUUAACCGGAGGUCUUGAAGAAACCGAGCCGCGAGUCUUGAAAGACCCUAACAGGAAAAAUUUUAAAACAGGUUUGUAUUUUUUCGUAAAAUCUAAACUUAAGUUAAACGGUGUUUGAAGUACUUGCAUGGAGUUCAGAACGAAAAAAAAAAAGAGAAAACCCUAUAAACAAGCACCAACAGGCUGAAUCUUAAAUCUUGCUCCUCUUGGGGUCUCCCAUAGACCAGGCAGUAGGUUAAGCGCACCCCAAGUACCUAAUCUCGUCAGUCCCUGAUCUCAGUUGCGAAUAUUCAAUUUACCAACUUGAGAGCAUACCUGCAGAGGUUUCACCGUUUUAUUCGUAAGUAGAGUCGACGAAUCAUUUCUUAACUUCAUAAAAUGUUGUUAACGUCGGAGUUGACUGUAAGUCAAUUGAUAACUUUCUUACGCUUUUCAGGCUCUGUGGAUCCCUUCCUACUCACUGUGCCCCAGUCACUUGGCAGCAUAAAGCAGAUCCGGAUAUGGCACAAUAACGGUGGGAAUUACCCCUCGUGGAAUCUCCUCAGGGUAAUGAUUCAAGAUCUGCAGACCGAUCAACGAUGGUGGUUCGUCUGUGAUGAUUGGUUGGCUGUCGAUGAAGGCGAUGGCAAAAUCGAGAGGAUUCUGUAUCCUGCUUCCAAGAAAGACCUGACCAAGUUUAACGUACUGUUCACAUCUGAAGUGAGGAAAAACCUAACUGACGGCCAUAUUUGGUUUUCAGUUGUUGCCCGGCCGGCGCGAAGUAACUUUACUCGCGUGCAACGUUUGACCUGCUGUUUGUCGAUUCUCAUGACGACGCUGAUUGCUAACGCUAUGUUUUACCAAGUGGGAGAAAACGAAACGCCUAAAAAUGCCAUCAGGAUAAUGGGAUUUAGUUUUUCCAUCCGGCAGGUUUCCAUUGGAAUCAUGAGCAGCAUGAUCGUCUUUCCAGCAAAUCUAAUCAUUGUGACCAUAUUCCGAAAAGCCAAACCAAAGGCAAGCCAAUAUGAAGUGAAGUCAGGACACAUUGAAGGCGAAGAUGUAGAUAUCGAGGCCGGUGAGGAAAAGAAAAAGAGUCCAAAGAAGUUUGCUUUACCACACUGGUUCGUGUACGUAGCAUACGUCAUCGCAUUUAUCGCCACUUGUACAUCAGCGUCAUUUGUGAUCAUGUAUGGAAUGGAGUUCGGACCAGAAAAAUCUGCACGGUGGCUUUCAUCAAUAACGAUAUCUUUCAUACAAGACGUGCUCUUUCAACAGCCCAUUAAAGUGUUCAUCAUGGCAACCCUGUUCGCCCUUCUUAUAAAGGACCCGAAAAAGGCCGAGCAAGAGUCGUUUGGGGACGCAAACAUCCUCGCGAACGAUGAGGAGUGGCUGCAGAAAAACACUGAGGAUCUCGAUCCCGAAACGCAACAAACUCUCAAGCAACUGAUAAAUGAUAAACCUCCAGACGAGGCUAAGCUAGAGAUAGCGCGCAAGUUAAGAAUGAAAGAAAGACAAAUGGAAUCCAUCAUUCGGGAAAUUGCAUGGUAUUUUAUCUUCCUACUGGUCCUCCUGACAAUCGCUUAUGGCAACCGAGAUCUGACAACUUCCAAGGUGACUAAAUACAUGAAGGACACAUUUGAAGAUAGCGUUCAUGGGGAAAACGUUACAUACGGAAAGGUAAGUGCUUCUAAGGCUAAGUUCACACUAUACCGAAUAGCUUUGGGCCAACACGAGAACCAUAACGGAUAGGGCUUCUAUUCACACAUAAGAACUGUGAUUUCCAACCGCAUUUCUGUAACGUAGCGACGUUGCGCCGUGCCGCGCCGCGCCGAUCUCGAAAGUGGAGCGUCACAUAUAGGAUAGGUCCUGUGCCGUACUUUGGUCCAGUGUGAACAGAUAUUCCUUAUAGCUGGAGUGAAUAAGCAGCUAGCGAGGACUGGAAGCCACUGAGAGGGUAGAAAAUAUUCGAGGGUAGCGAUUAGGAUUGAUCCGGGGGUGUACCAAACCCUCUUGGCCAACCGCUCCGACGCGAUUUUUAUGUGUGUAAACGGUUUGACCCAGGCCUUUGCUCUUCAUACCAUAUGGGAUAGCUUUUAUUGUCGACACGAAAUGCUCUCCGGUAAAGUGUAGACACAGCCUAAGCCUUUGCACCUCGGGAGCUCGUGGGUUUGAUAACAGAAGCUGGACUUGUCCUAAGGGCCUUUAAAAAAACUGGGAAGAAGGUAGAUGUUGGCUUUUCACUGCUGCACAUGGCUUGUCCUUCGCACUGAAAUAAUCUCGUAGCAAUAGAAUAGUAAUUAUGUCACCAUCAGGGCCGAGUUGUUCAAAGCUGGGUUAAGAUAACCAGGGUUAGUGCGAGAUUUGAAUUAAGAUUUGAAAGCUUAAAAAACAUGUCAGUUUUAUUUCUUUUAGUCUGCAAGAUGAUGAUUGGAAGUUCUAAAAAUAACAGAGAAAAUUAUCCGAGAAAAUGCUUUUGAACAAAAGAAAAAGAAACCAGGGUUAAAUUUAACCGCUAGUCGGCCUUUGAACAACUGGGCCUAGGAGUUACAUAAACUUUGUCGUCUGUAGCACUUGAUGCUAAAUACAUUCUCACUUAGCUAGUAAAGUCAACUAGUAUACGUAAAAUUAACAAUAUUGUUACUAGUGACAUUUUGUGGCUGCCGGAGCUAGUAGGCCUUAUUGACGGAACAAAGCCGAGAACAAUCCAAAAGUAUUUAUAAUAAAAAUUCAAGGAAGUAAAAAUUUGGCAACAAAUAAAAUACGCGUAAACUGGUUUCAAAGAUCACUCGGGCAAAAUUUCCUUUAAAGGUUUGCAUCGGUUUCGAAUUUCAUCAGUGAGGGCAAUUCCUGAAGGAUAAAAACGAUCAUUUCACGAUCACGAUCAUGUUCGUAAUGGCCAUUGAUAUUUAUAUGUGUUUAAUUCAAUUGGUUUCAGGUGCACCAGAUUAGCCAUUACUGGACUUGGAUUAGAACUAUAUUCAUACCUUAUCUGAUGCCUCGUAAAUACUACAAUAACAAAACAGAUUAUGACAGAAGAUUCCUUGCAGAUACUCCAACGGCCUUCCUUUUAGGCGUGGUCCGACUCAGGCAGCUCAGAAUCAAGAAAGGUAUGGACAUGUGAUUUGAUUUACUUUUUUUACUAAAAAAAAAGAUAACCAUGGGGGUUAAGAGCGGAUUCUCCAGUUUACCCACGGCAGUAUUUAUAGCUCAGAUAUUUCACUAUAUUUGCCAGUGGGGCCAAGCAAAUAAAUUAAAGCAAACUAAAGAGGGUGAAAACCCCCGUGAACUGGCCGGAGGCAAACUAGUUAGCUAUUUACAAGCGUAGCCGGAGAUUUGAACUCGGGACUAACGUGGACUGAACAAAUCCAGCAAGUGGUUAGGGCGAGGCUUGAACUCAGCACCUCCAGAUUUCAAGUCCAGUGCUCUAAACGUCCAACCAGGCCGCCUACACUUUAAGACCAUCCUUCCUCCAAGGUCUCUCUUCUUCUGACGAGAAAGAUUUAAGGCCUUACCUCCAGUUGUAUGUCUUAUCUUGUAUACAGUGCAUUUUCCCAACGAGUUUCAUUUGGUGGAUGGUAUCUAAUACGGAAGCCCUUGCUGUUAAAGGGGAUGAGUAAAAAAUUGCAGUCUUAUUUAUCUUGUCAAGAAAUUACUUAUAAACAAGAAAACCUCAGCCUCUUGAGAAACAAGACAGUAUACCAGCCUCGUUCCCAGGGAUCUCUCCUACCCGUCCCUACGGAGGGUAGGGAAGGGAUAGAGAACAGGAUAGAGAACCUGGAAACCAGAUUGGACAGUAUACAUCUUAAUAUCUACAGUUAGAUUUAAAAAAUAUAGAUUUUGAAAAGGUUUGUUAACUGGACAGGUCUCGAAAAUCCCAAUUGCAAUCCACUUUUCCCAUCCGUGUUUUUCAACUCAGUCUUGAAUUAAAUACUCGUUUUUAAUCUCAAUCUUCUUGCAAUGUUUUCAUCUCGGGAUAUUGAUCUCUGUUGCAGAUACCUGCGUUUUCAAACGUUACUUUUUGUACUUCAUCCACGAGUGCAAUGAUUUCUAUAGCAUUGAUGAGGAGGACAGAGGCUCAUAUCUACCUGGCUGGAAAGUCAAACCUAUGACAUCAAAUCAAAGCCUGCUUACGAACAGUAAACCAGACCCUUGGAUGUACCAGACGGGCUCACAACUGAACACGUAUCCGUACUGGGGUUACAAGGCGACAUACAGCGCCGGGGGUAAGAUAAGGUUGUUAUGGUGUGGUAAUUAGGGAGCUUAAUUAGGAAGCAGGAGGCUUCCAAUCUUAGAUCCGACACUAAUAUUAAUAUUCACACAUUGAGAAAAGGCGCAUAAAUAAAUUGAUAAAGUACACUUCAAUGUUGCUAAAGCUCGUUCAAUUUCACUGCAGGUUUUGUCCAGGAAUUACCCAAUAACGAAAGCGAGGCCCUAAAUGCAAUCCAAAACCUGAACGACACUAAUUGGCUGGACCGUUACACUCGAGCUAUCUUCUCCGAGUUUGCCAUUUACAAUGCCAAUACCAACUUGUUCAGUGUGGUGACUCUAUUAUUUGAACAACUGCCAACAGGAAGUCUGACGCCCUACCCAAGCAUUCUAACGCUCCGUCUCUUCCGGUAUGUCGGUGGUGAAAUGUACUUCGUCUUGACCUGCGAAAUUGUAUACCUCUUGUUUUGUAUAUAUUUUGUAUUUAAGGAGAUAAAACAGUUUGUAAAGAAAGGCAAGGAACAUUUAAAGAACCCGUGGAGCGUACUGGAAAUCUUCCUGACAUGCCUUUCCUUGACUGCAGUGGGCUUGUACUUUGCCAGGCUGGCUUUCACCAAGCGUGCGUUAAAAGCAAUGAAUAAUAAUCUUGGAACAAGCUUUGUAAGUUUCCAUUACACUGCGUUCCUAGACGAGUGGUUCAAGUGCAUAAUCGGGAUCAUCGUUUUCCUCUCGUUCCUGAAAGUGUUUCGUUUGCUGCGUUUCAACCGACGAAUGUCAAUGCUUCAGCAAGUUCUAAAGCGAUGUUUCACCCAGUUGAUGUCUUUUAUGAUUAUGUUUGCCCUAGCGUUUCUCGCAUUCGCAUUGCUUGCAACCCUUGUUUUUGGGCAGAUCAUGGAGGGUUUUGGAACGUUCUUGGAUAGCUGCGCUUCUCUAAUGGACACAUUACUCGGUAAGCCUGCAUUGAAAGAAAUGUCUCAAGCCAAUCGUAUCAUUGGACCCAUCUUCUUCUACAGCUACACAGUGUCAAUAGUGUUUAUCCUCAUCAACAUGUUUGUCACCAUAAUUAAUGAUACUUUUACUGAGGUUCGCAGUGAUGUAGAAAAGCAGUCGAACGACUAUGAAAUAGUAGACUUUAUGGUUCACCGCCUGAAGAGAAAUAUUGGCAAAACAGUCGGCCACGCCAUUCAUCCCAUCUACAAAGAGCCAAAGUCUGAUCUGGAGCUCAAGUUUGACAAAAUCGUCGACGACGCCGACAAUGUCAUCCAUUUUAUGAGAAACAUUACAUUUGAAGACUUCCGUAAAACUCGAUGGUUCCAAAACGAAAAAUGCACUGAAAAGAAGAAAAACCUGAUACGAUUGUUAAUGGAAGUGGACUGGGAUUAUUAUGAAGAUGAGCUCUGUGAUUCCAUUCCUGUUUUUGAACGGUUUCUUAGCAAACGUAGCGAAGAGGAAUUGGAGGCAAUGCUGCAGUCCUAUAGACAAAAGCGUAUGGUGGAGGAUCUGGUAUUCGAUAAAAUCAAUGGUGAAGAUAGCUCCUCCCAAAGCGACAGUGACAGUGAUGAUAGCAGCGACGGCCAUGAUAAUACAAGCGACGAUGAACAAUCGAGUAACGACGAAAAUAGAUUGGAAACUGAGCCUUAUGCCGAAAGUGACCGACGCCCGUCAACUUCAACAUACAGUACUUCAUCAACGAGCUCAGCUAAAGUUCCAGGAACUGCAGCUAGAGUGUUGACUCCUGCUCUAAUAAAUACUGAUGUGAGACCAGAAACUGUAGUGGAAUUAGAACAACAUGUUGAGGAAAACAGGAGGAAAAGUUCAUUUGCUGAUCAGGGAGUGUCUGACAAUGAACUUUUGGCAAUUCUUGAGGACGUACAGCGCGAUGUACAAAGUCGGUGCGCCACAGACGCGGAGUUGGACAGCAUUUUAUAUGAAGAUACGUUCACUCCACGGAGAUGCGACAGUAAUCCAGAAACCUCCUUCGCAGACAAGAAAACGAAAAAGCGAAAGAAGACUGCAGAAUUGCCAGUCGAAGAAAAGACGAUCAAAGAAGCUUGGGUUACCGUAAGUCUUACCGCUAAAGAACCCGACGACGCAUACGAAAAUACGACAGAGGGAAUGGAUGGUGAACAAAAUGCGAAAGCUAAAAACAAAAUGGGAACCGAAACUGCUUCUGAAGUAGAGGAGAAACAAAACAAACGCGUAAAGAAGAAAGGAAAGCAAAAUGGAGAGGACCAUAUGAGUGCCGUAGAAGACGGCGAAAGAAAACUAGACAAAACUGAAAAGAAAAAGAAAAAGGGUCAAGAUGGAGUUGAUGUGGGUGCCGAAGAUAACUUGCAAGAAGAAACAAGAGACGGUGGAGGAACUAAGAGGAAAAAGAAGAGCGCAGCUUCGCUGAGUUUAGAGGUUAUUGGCGAAAGGGAUAAAAAAGAAAAGACCGGACCUGAGGAAACAAAGAAGAAAAAGAAAAAGAAAACCAUAGCUGAAAAAGCCAAAGAAGACAACGGCGAGAAUGGCAGCGAGGAGGAAGUCGAAAGAGAAUCCAGAAAGGAAAGCAUGGAGAUAUCCGCAGCAGACGAAGAGAGACCGAGAGAGGGUGAGAGGAGGAAGAAGAGAAAAAAGAAACAAGAAGCUAUGGAAGAAAAAAGAGAAGAAAAGACAAAGGGAGACGUCGACGAGGAAACAGAAACAAAGAAAAAUUCGAACGAGUUCAGUGAAAUGUUUGAAGAAGUGUUGGGCUCUAGCUGCGAAGAUCAAACCGGGCUAAAAAAGAUAAAGAAAAAAGGCAAAGCAAAGAAAAGACUGGUCUUGGAAGGGGAAGACGGGUCAACUUUGUUUAAAUCUGGCGACACUAGUUAUGGAACAGGGGAGGAGCAAAAAGAAAGAAAGUUUUCGUUGGACGAAUCCAGUGUUGAAAGGAAGGAAAGCGUAGCAUGA